GACAAAAGAUGACGGAGCGGUUAAACUGUAAACAUGGAGGAGAGAGAAGCGCUGAAGAGGCAGAUCGAGCUCCUACAGAGUAAGAAUUCGACUCUAAAUGUCGUUUAAAUGUUCGGAAACAGGCGGGUUUGAUGGAAAAAUGUAGCUGCUGUGCCUUAGAUGUUGAAAACGGUCGUGUUCCGAGGCGCGCGCUUCACUUUUUCAAAUGUAGUCGACCGUUAGCCGUUAGCUUCAAAUCAAAACACCGACACUCACCUGUCCGUGAAAAGACGUCUGUACUUCUGUCUGUACUCUGUUUAUUAUAUCUUUUACAGAGGAAAGUAUCUAAUACUCUCUGUUUUAAAGUCUAAUCAGAAUUAAAUGAUGUUUAACUGUAUUUUUAAAGCUGUCAACAGGUUAUUAUGUCAGCCCUGACUGACUCACCUGUUUGUUGUCUUGACAACAGAACUAGACUGCACACUUUGUGAUUUAUUAAACCGCAGAAACCUUAUGAUGAUUUCACCAACACAUGUGUUUGUUCAUGUUUCUGUCCCUGCUUAUAAUCUGUCCGUAAAAAUGAAUAAAUAAAAACAAUAAAAGCAAUAAAAAAAGAAUAAAAUAGAGUGCAAUAAAAUAAAGUGCCACCAUGCUACUGUGUAUUAAAAGCCAGCAUAAAUAAGUACGUUUUCAAUAAAUCAAAUCUCAAUCUCAAUCUAGAAUUGAAAAGGCCCAGGUCAGAAAAAAGUCUCAUAUAGGUGGGGAGUUUAUUCCAGAGCCUGGGACUAAAAUAGCUCGGUCACCCUGUCAGUGUUUGGGUUUUGACCUGAGCACCUCCAGCAGAAGUUGGUUUGACGACCUCAGAGCUUUACCCAGCUCCCAAACAGUUAAAUGCUCAGUUAAAUAGAUGUGGGCGAGGCCGUUAAGAGCUUUAAAAACAAACAUUAAAAGUUUAAAAUCAAUCCUAAAAGAGACAGGAAGACAAUGAAGAGAGCUAAGGACAGGAGUGACGUGCUCAUUUCUGUUAGUGUUGGUUAAAAGACGGGCAGCAGCAUUUUGCAUAAGUUGAUGGAGACUAAGAGAUGAUUGGGAGAUGCCAAUAUAAAGUGCAUUACAAUAGUCCAAUCUUGAACUGAUUAGAGCCUGGAUGGAUAUCUCAAGGUUGUGACAGCUUAAAAUCAAAACAGUUGUUAUUUAUUUCACAGAGUAGGUUUUAUUUGUAUGUUUACUAAUUCUUAUUAUAUUGAUACUCAAUACAAGUUCUGAAUUUCCAGAUCUCAUCAAUACACAUAAGAGUGUCCAUGGCGAUGUCCCGUUUUCAAGAGCAGAGCAGAGGCCCCCCGGAGCUUCAACACUGGCGAGAGGCAGAGGUGUUGGUUCAUCUGUUGUCCAUCCUCACAGCUCCAGAGGGAUAGUGUACGAUCCUCAGAGCCGGGGAAGCUGGAGGAAGACGUACUCACUGAGUAACAAAACCCCUCAGACCUCUGUUGGACAUCCCUCAGCUUCUACUUCCUCUUCUGGUCAUCAGUCCAGCUCUACCGGUGCCCCUCACAGCACUCCACAGCCCGGCCACAGCAGAGAGGAGGAAACGGAUGGAGCCAGAAUCAUGGCGUCGUCAUCUGACAGAAAUUCAGGGUUAAGUGCAGCUACAACGGAAGAGCGAAAGACAUCAACUCUGAGGAAAACAACUGGAUCCCAGCAUGAAGGUGAGAAACCAGGAUCAGGAUCCACAGGUGUGGAGAAACUUCACAGACAGACUCAAGAAUCCCAGCAGAAGCCUCAUCAUAGGCUUGUAGUCCUGCCAUCAUCAGAGAAGAAAAUCAGUGUUCCAUCUUCAGCCCAGGCCAAUACCUCAACCAGUCUGCAUAAAAGCCCCCCGAAGCCUCUCCUAUCAAGUAAAACCAGCAUGGAGGCGAAGAAGACCACUACUUUUAAAGCCCCAGUAGCUCUGCCGACUGGUCAUAACGUUCUACCUCUUUCCAAAACAUCCAAACAGCCUUCGGUCAAACCCACGCCUCACCCCAGCCACUGCCAAGCUGCUGCAUCUUCGUUAAAACAGUCCAAGUUCACCUGGGUGAAGAGUCAGAACGUGGGUAAGACCGAGCCUAAACAAGCUAGUCCAGUUCCUACUGUUUCCACGACUUUACUCUCUAAAGCUGGGGUUGUAGGUGGAAGUGCCUCCUCAUCUUUAACCAGUAAAAGAACUCCCGCAAAGAAGUUGACUCGUAAACUAAGCCCAGUUACUGUAGCCUCAAAGACCUCCAAGUACAGGUGGGUGUCGUCCUCUGUUGGAGCCGUAGCUAAAAUACCCAGAAAAUCCCCGUCUCCUAAAGCCCUGGUUCUUUCUCAAAGAGCUCUGGAAAAGGGAGAGCCCACCAAGAAGGUCAAAUCACCCUCAACUCCUUUCUCCAAGUUGAAAAAGGGAAAUGCAAGUUCUUCCUCAAACUCCUCCACAAGUAGUCGUUACCGCUGGAAGGCAGGAGGUCAGAGUUCUCCUGGAGCAGCAGCAGCAGGGGCUGCAACAGCGACACGUCGUAAAUCUGCUUUCCACUGGACAUCAGACAGAAGCUACAGAAGUGCGAAAGGAGGGUUUGUGUCGCCACCAUCCCAGCGGACCUCCCUCACACCCUCUCCUGGAGGAUUCAAGCUCCGCAGCAGGAUGAAAAUCAUCAGGAAGACCACUCCAGGGUAAGUCGUGGAAAUGUCUGAUUUUAUCUCCUUUUAAAGGCUUGUUAUAGUUUAGAUUUAUUAUUAUCUUUGUGGCCAGAAGGUGGCAGCAGAGUCUGGCAGACUGUUUGUGUCGAGCUGAAUGCAGCAAAGAUCCAUCAGUAUCACUUACCUGUUUGGAGCGUCUUAUGUGUCAUUGAUUAAACCUUUACCCUCUGUCCUGUGACCUCAGGGGAGGAGGGUCAGAGAAGGGGUCCAGUCCAUCAGCAGUGAAGUUCUCCCCCAGGGCCCGUAUUCACAGCUUCACCAGGACUCCCACAGGAGUGAAAAGAACCCCCUCCAAGGAGCUCGUGUCUUUUGGCAGACACAAGUUGAGGCGGCUGUCUCCAACUUCAUCAAGAACAAGUAAAAAGUUCACUUAAUAAAUCUCAGUUUCAUUUAGAGCAUUUAUUCCACACAGUAAUCAAAGUCCUCCCUAUAUUCAUGGUUCAUUGUGGGGAAAAUAUCAAUAAUAUCCAGGAGUGGCUGUGCGUUCUGGGUUUCAGCUCACACUCUUACACUCUCUUUGUUCCGCUGCUGUAAAUAAUAGAAAACUUUCAUUUUCCUCAAAGUUUUAAUCGCAGCUCAUUUUUGUUUCCUCUACAGAGUGUAUUUUUCAGCUGCUCAUCUGAUAUCUUAAACACAAACCAGUAUGUUUUGUUUCAGCCGUCCAGCCUCUCUAUUUCUAUUUCUAUUUAUUCAUUUUAAAAAUGGGAACAGUACAUAUUGAUAAACAUUUACAUACGGGAUCAUAACCAAAUGGCUAAUUUCCAUCCCCAGUCUCAUCGGCAGGUUAAUGUUAAACAUAAAAGCAAUAAUGUUAAAAGUACAAACAACAUGACUAAGACAGUAAAACACUGACAACAUACACAUAAUAUACAGAAACAACGUACACAGACCAAGAACUAAGUGACCAAUAGUAAGGGGACCAAAAAGAUUGAAGUGCUAAUUAAAGUGUCAUGUGCUAAAGGUGUUUAAAGUGCCGUUUCCUACCGUACAGCUUGUUAAAGUGACGAGUGCAUAAGUACAAAAUUACAUUGAAUUGCACAAUGCCCAUAGCACACGAUUGCACCUGCAGAUGUGUGUCUAAAAUUAUGUAUACCCUUUCGUAACAAACUUGCAUACAUGAUGAGAAUAUGUACGCCAGGACAAAUUUAGAGUGGUACCCCAAAGCAAUUAACCAAUUAGACAAACAAUUUCAGACAUGAUUAUGAUGGCAGGUCUGGUUUUCCAACAGCCGUGACUGGAGAUGUUUAGUAAAAGAGGUGAGGGUUGGGAGUUCAAAAUCAGCUUCGACUUUUUGUAAAAACUUCUGCCCUACUAAUUUCUCAUGUAAGGGAUCAAUGUUCAGUUGAUCUUAAAAGCAGCACACUCAAAAAUCAGGUAUCAUAUUUUCUAGAUAUUUUGGUGUUGACAUACUGCACACCUUACACCUAUAAAACCUGGUUUAUAUUUUAGAGUUUGGACGAAACAUUUGAGUGAUUGUUCUGAAGGCUGCAGCUCCAACAGCUGUGUUUACAGUCACGUCCAGUAGAGGGCAGCAGCUCACAUCCGUGUAGGUCCGUGUAUGGUCUUUGUGUUGCAGGCUGUCACUGGAGAGGCUUACAGGCAGACCAUAAGAGGAGGAGGGGGAGGUUAAUUGAUUGCCCAAUUCAGCCGUGAUGGCGAACAAGUGCCGAUAGCUGGUAAUUUGCAGAGGUGGAGGCAGGCAGCGCCACUGCUAUCAAGCCCUGGCACUGCUCUCCCUCCAGUAGAUAAAAAGGAGCUAAUGCAUAAUUAUCCUUUUGCAAAUUGGAUUGUUUUAACGAACUGUAGAAUAUAGGCCUAACCUGAUGGAAAGCAAUCAUUGUUUUUACAGCCGCCUCUCUCCCUCCUUUUCAUCCCUCCUCCCUCUCUCCCUCCCUCCCUCCCUCUUGCCCCUCCAACCCUCCGGUCAUUCUGCGUGUACCCUACACGCCUCAUGCCCAUCUUGCUGUAAUCUCCCAUACUCAAUGGAGUCAGAAGACAUUAGAAAAGCCAUCACUAUUAACAUUAGGCUUUAUUCGUCCCCAUGGCUCUGCGUCUAUCAGUCUGCUUCUCUCGUUUUUUUCUGAUUCUUUAACUUUAUGCGCCCUUCCUCAUCCUUCCUACAUCCUAUCCCGUCUUUCCUCUCAUCUUCAUCAUCCCCUCAUAUGUCAUUGAAGGAAACCUGGACGGCGUAUAGCAGGAGAGACACAUGCAUGUCUAAUUAAAGAUGUGGAUUCAGAAUCCGACGUGGGAUAGGUGGAGCCGGGGUGAGGGCAGAGGAAGAUGGAGUGAGGAGAGCAGCUCGUAGCCGUCUGUGCCUCCGAUAAGAGCUGCUAAUAAAGAGCAAAUUGAAUUACUAAUGAUGGGAAGCAGAGUCCCUAUAGAUGAGCCCGUUAAAAAGCAACCUUAUGACCACUCACACACGCAUGAUAAUACACUCGCAAACAAUGUGUCUUAAUUUCCUCCUCAAUGGCCGGCCGCGGCGUCACUUCAGAGCGAGAGGCCGGCGUUUUCGGAGGUGCUCCGUUAUCUGUGCUUUAAUUUAAAGAGGGCAUAAACCUCAGUAAGCAGUUAGGGUAAUAAUGAAUCGAGAGGUGUGUGUGUGUGUGUCGAUGUAUGUAUCUAUAUGUGUGUGUGCAUGCUCUCAGAGACAGCCAUGAAGCCCAGAUAAUCUAAUAAAGCAGAUAAAUGUCAGGACCGGACGGAGCGCAGAGAGAGGAGUGCUGAGCCGUGCGCCUUCCACUCCCUUGUGACAGGCUUCUGGAGCGUUUUAGGUCUCUAUCUGGCCCGGGUCUUAUUUUUCUCCCUCUCCAUCUCUCACCCAGCAUCACUCCGACUCUCUCCUCUCUGUAUCUGUCCCUGCUGCUCUGCUAAUAUGCGCUGUGACGUUUUGAAGCGCGGUAUUUUGCAGACUGUCUGCAUUUUCUGUUUAAUCCACGUCCUGGCCUGAGUUUUCAUGUUCCCAGAGUUCAUCUGAAUUUUUAAAUGAAAAUUAAAACUAAAGAGGAGCUGUUACACACACGUUCGUAGAGAGCCUUUGCACGAUUUUCAGCUCAAAAACUCGUCUGUGCUGGUGUCUGUGAGAACCUCUCUGUUGUUGCUUUACCUGCUGUUAUAAUCUUACUUGCUGAAGGUGGUUCUGAGUCUUCACAGGAGGUCUUUAUAGAUCCACAAAAACACACAAACUCGUCUCUGGUUUCUGGUGCCUUCAUCUGUGGAAAAUAAAAGUAACUGAGACUCGCCAUCACAACCAGUGAACCACUUAGGAGCAACUUUCUCAGACAUACUGAAUCAACAGUAAACAACAAAGUGCAGAGCUGGGGGAAAAGUCUAAUGGUGAGAUGAACUUUCCAUGCGAGGGGAAAUUUGAAAGAGCUUGUGUAUGGACAUGUUCUUUGACCCGACAGUGUCUGAGCAGGACAGCAGAGUCUGGUUCUCCAAGUGAAGAAGUCAGAAAAGCAGGAAAAGACAUUCAGGGGUUCUGUGUGUAUCUCAUGUUGUCGUCUUGGAGGUGGAGUCAGCCAAACAUCCAUGAAAGAGUGAAAGAGGCAUCUAGCUGCGAAAUGGUUUCUUAAGAAGUGUCUGUUUUUGCCUCUGACUGUCUCAGAUUUUUGUUGAGAGUCUGGCAAAACUGUGGGGAGAACUUUAUGAUAGAAAUCCACAAUCUGCAACCAGUGAGGCUCUUUGUCUGUUUGGUUUCAUCGUGGUUGUCUUCAUUCAUUCUUGAGAUCAGCUUGAAGUCACAGUUUCACGGCAUGGAUCAGAAGUUUAUCAGAUGGGUCACACUCAGGCUCAAUUGUACCUAGGGCUGUGCGGUAAACCGAAAAUUUGCAGAUACCGAAAUUUACGACAAUAACCGGCGUCAUUUUGCCCAUGUCAGUAAAUUUGGUGUCAAAUAAAUAAAUCAAAGUUGUUUUUGGAUGUGUGUAGGUAGGCUAUGGUCUCAUGUCUCUUUAAGACGCUGUCCUACAUCAGAGACGUGACUCCACCCCAUCCAGUCUGUAACAAAGAGGGAAAGACAGGUGAGGAGAUGGAGGACGGAGAGAAAGUUGGAGCGGCUGAAGUAGAAGAAGUUAAUGUGGGAGGGGGUGAGCAGCUUGUGGAGUAGUUAUCGUUCAUUGAUCGUUAUCGAGGUGAACUGAUCAAUAUAUCGUGAUAUGAUUUGAGGCCAUAUCGCCCAGCCCUAGUUGUACACAUAGAUUUGUCUUGCUGCAAGAUGAUGACAUCUAGUUUAUCACUCAAUCACAAAACAAACACAACAUGAAGAAACAAAAUAAGAGUCGAAAUGAAACAUACAAACUGUGUUUAACAGGGAAAGUGGUGUGAGUUUAUUAAUAACUGAUUCACUCCUUAUUUUAAAAGAACAGUUCUGAAUUUCUGUCUGAGGUUCGACAUCCUGUCCGUGUUCAUACCAGUGUGUGUAACAUGAGAACAUGAAUCAGAUCUGGAUGAUCGUUUGUCUUCUCGUUGAGUUUUUAUCAUGUAGUCUGACCACAGCUGAAGGUUUUCUUGUAAGUCUGAGUCAGUUUUAUAAAACAGCAGCAGCAGCACACACACACACACACACACACACACGCUCUCUCUCUCUCUCUCCAAAUCGGACCUGUUUGUUUGUUGUAGUAGGAGUGGCCCUCUCACAGUGGUAGUUCUGCCACCUUUUGCUCUCUCAGCGUCAGCUUACCAACAUGCACCCCCUGCGGCCCCCGUCCCAAAGAUACCUCGGAGCCCAUUACCAACACCAAAGAUUCCUUCCCCUCUCACCAGCCUCCUCUGGGGAUCCUGUUACUGUGCCAACAGUGAUCCCAUUUAUUCAAACCAUAAAUCAUACGUGCUUCUCUGAAUCACGGCCCUGCUCUCACUGACAUUUUCCACUUUCUCCAGAAUGUAGCCCCCACUGUGUGCACGGACAUACUAACGCUAAUGGGAUACUUAAGACCGGUGAGGCCUUAAUUUAAGGAGCAGAAGUGGGUUUGGAGCGGGUCAGCUGUGCUGCAGAAUACUCUUCAUUUAAAGACCUUUACAUGUAACAUGGUUCUGAUUAGAUCCUCUCUCUCCUUUUUGUCUCAUGCAACAUCUAAUCUUAGCGUGAAAUGUGCCGCUUUCACUUUAAUACUUAUGGUCAUGCUUUGGUACCAACAUUUAAUGGUGAUUAAAAACUUAACUGACAAUUAUGAUGAGAUACACCAGUAAUACAGAACAAAUGUGGUGCAAAUAAGGUAAACCAUGUCCAAGAGCAAAUCUCUGGACAUGAUAUCAAAACCAUAAAAGGAUAAAACAUAAGAGAAAACUUUGACAGUGAAUAACAGACAGUCUGAAUAAUAAGCUAAAAAGAUUGCAUAUUUAACGCAUACUUGCUGUUCUCUUACCUUUUCUUUUUUUUGUUGUUGUUGUUACCGAUGUCAAAAGAAAGCGAGCGUAGCAAGGUGUGCGACCACUUGACUUUGAGCAGAAGAGUUGGAAGUUAACUGUUUGCACUUUACACAAAAUACCUCAUUAUUCUUUUUCAGUUGUUUUAGCAAUAAAAAGGAUUAGAAAUUAGUUUUCUGCCUUUAAGUCUUUGAGGAAGUGUUGGAAAGGCUCAAAAGCAACAAUUUGUUAAAAAAUAUAAGUAAAUGUAGAUAUAUAACUUACAUUAACAAAAUUUUAAAACUUGGGUAAUCAGAUUUUUUCCCCACUAAUAAUCGUAUCAGCAUUGGCCCCAAAAAAUCCUUAUCAGUCUGGCCCUAUUGAUAACUGCUCGUUUGAAAUCGACUAAAAACCGUCAUGGUCGUAGAUAUUUUUCUGAUACACGAUGUUUGGUCUUCCACACAGAACCAGAUCAGACUCCCCAGCAGCAGCAGCAGCAGCAGAGUUCGUCUCUGAAGUCUGGACUCUGACCUUUUUCGGCGUCCUCUUGGCACGCCUCACGCUUGUUUAUUUUUGUUUGUUUGUUUGCAUCACUCGCUGGUUCACACUUGCUCCAGUUUCUCCCACUUUUCCUUCACGCCGCUGCCACUUGUCGUGCGCCCCCCGUCUCACGGUCUCACUCCCACACACACACAGAGAUGGGACAUUACCUCACUGUGUGAUCAUUCAGACCCACCUGUGGGCGUGCAGGAGGUCUAACUCUGUAUCUGUUUAUAUCUGAGAACCUUUUAUUGGACAAAUGAUUUUAAGAGUGAGUGUGUGCCGGUGUGUGUGUGUGUGUGUCUGUGUGAGUGUAUGUGAUUGUCCCAUCAGCUGCUUUUCUACAUACCGUUCCCUGGAUGCCAUUCCCCGGAGCUCCACUAGUAUUAUCAGUUGGAUAACAUACACAUCUGAACUGCGUGGACCUCAACCUGUAAUGCACAAACACACACAAGCAUGCACACACAGGCAUUCUGCUCAUUCCUCUGCACUUUCUCAGGCUCUCUGUGUCAAACAGGUGGACUCUCUCUCUCUCUUUCUCUCUCUCUCUCUCUGUCUGUGUCUUUCUCUUCCCUUCUUUUUAUAUCUCUCACCAUUUGUCAUGCACAAGCACACACACACGUGCACUACAAGACAAGUGUGCCCACACAUACACAGACACACACACGCAGAUGUCUCGCACAUCCUGAAUUGUUACAUAGCCGUAAUGAUUUAGCCAAAGGCUCGUGUUGACACUGCAGAUUUAGAGGGAGAGGCCGGCCUGUUUAACGAUUCAUGUUUAGUAUUUAGUGGAAAAAGGAGCUCUGCGUUCAUUCAUUCAUCUGCGUGCCGCCUCGAUUUAAGAGCAUUGCUAUUUAGUUGCCUGAAUGAUUCAGUUUCUCCUGCAGGAUGGUGUCUUGUGCAGCAGGACGGGCUCAGUAUAGCUCUGUAACAUUUGGCAUUUUGAUUAACCUCUAAAGACCCGGGGGGCUGUGCAUGCUGAAAAUCGGACCCCCUUUACCUACAGAGUGUGUCUGCAUGAGAACCUCCUCCCUGUCCAUGUUGUAAACCCCCCCCUCCCUUUGCCUCCUCCCGUGAACGCUCAUCAAACUGUCAACUGGCCAUAAUUAAAGUUUGGACUCAUUUGAGCCCAACGUGCAGAUGGACCUCGCUGGCCUUGAGGACAAGCACUUAAUGGUCAACAACAUGGUCAGAUGACCGGAUCACUUUCCUGGUUCAGAUUCAACCUGCAUGAGAGAGGAGGUUUUCAAAUUCAUUCAUUCAUUCAUUCAUUUUAGAGAAUAUCAGCCUUAUAUCCUGAAUGUGUUUUUGACUGAGCUCAUCCAGGGGGCGUCUCUUACUCUGAAUCUGGAGGGGGGGCAGCAUGUGUUGAAAUGUGUAAUCAAUACUAUUGAGUUCAGAAACUUGAGCCCCAGAUGACUGUGACCCUUCCCAGUUAAGGAGGUAAAUGUUUUCUUGGUAUCCAGAGGAGUGGCCCAUGUGCCAGGCUGUCUGAAUAAAUCAGAAACCUAACAGGACCCGGGCAAAGCCCUCACUAAUUAUUUGAGAGCACAUGGCAAGUGAUGCCCGUGUCAUUUUAUUGGUAAAGAGCUUGGCCGGGGGAGCUGGUGUUGCCAUCUUUAAUUAUGGAGGUACAAGUCCUGUAAAUAAUCCAGCUUUCUAGUAUUUAGAGAGGGAUGAUGUCGUCUCCUGACUUCAAGGUUUUUUUUUUUCUGUUUCACACCUUCGAGAGGAAUCAGCUCUGUUUUUAUAGAGCUGUGAAACACUAGACUGUCAACUAGAGCAGGUUUGGUUUUGGUCUCAAACUCAGGACAGACUUCAUUCAAGAAAUUGUUGUAGUAGAAAUUUUUUCAGGCUGAUUAUUUGUAUUUAAAUUCAGUAAUUUCUCCAGAUUAUAUUACUUUGACCAAGUGGACCAAGAAUUUAAUCCUCUGGCAUGGUGCUGGAAGUUUGACAGUUACUGACACCAUCUCAGUGUUUUCCACCACUGAGAGUGUUUUCCAUAGACUUCAUGUUGCUUCGCCGCUGUUUACUUCCUCAUGUCAUUGAUCGUAACUGACAGGAUUACGUUUAAUUCCCUACCAACACAUUGUUUCAUUAAGUAAGUUGUCACUGGCCGAGUAUCACUGUGUUAUUAUGGAUUACCUUUACUUUGGCUCGUCGUGCUCGGUGGUGAGUCCAUCAGUUUGAGUUGUUUACAGCGUUGACAUGAUUUCAGGUCGGAUAGAAAAAGGAUUUGGAACAUUAUUCAGGUGGGAAGCUGUGAUGAGACUGUAACGAAUCAACUAAAACACAAAAAUAACUCUUACUACCAGAUCAGUCCUUCAGUGUAAUGCUGUGAUUGUUCAGAUCCUCUCGGUUUGUUCUUACACAAAUCUGAGCAAUGGUAGAAAACGCUCUUUAAUGAAUCUACUCCCGCUGUGUUUGCUAUCAGGGAUUAUGUUUCAGUCAUUACAGACCGCUGUGCCGUGGCCAGCUGCCCCAAAAUAAAAGUCUGUCCUGGAGAAAACGACUUUUUUUUGUUCAUGUUUAACUGAAACUCAUCAAACAAAUGCAACCACCAUCAGUUUCAAACCUGAGAGUGAAACCAGAGAUCUGGCUGUUUAGUUUUAGUUCUUAAGUCGUAAAGAAAACCAAAAAGAAAGUAAACUUUGUGCCGCGUUCAUCCGUCCGUCUGUCCGUCCGUUCGCCGUGUUGUGUUACAUAAAGCGUGUCUGUUUGGAAACAGGGUGGAGAAAGUCAGAGGCCAUCAGGAGCUGCCCCAUAAAUCUUCACCUUUUGUCAGCUUGGGAGCAUGCCGGUAUAGCUUCUUACCCCCCACACUCUCCCACCCCCCCGACAGUAACCCUAUCCCCCCAGUUCUCCUCCACAUGUCUGCACACACCGCUGUGUUACCAUAAUAAUCAGAGAGUUUUGCCGUUUACGUGGGAAGACGAGCAAAGAGCCUAAAGUGUGCAAGGCAUGUUAAUUAUGCCCCCCAGCCCCCACCCCCUCUUCAAAAUACACAUGCUGGUGGUGGUGGUGGUGGUGGUGGGGGGGUUGUCACUGGUUUGGCCAUCAUGGCCGCCGCAGGCUCCUCUGGACACUGGGUUUGGCUGUUGACACGAGGAGGAUAGUUUAUGGCUUCAGGGUCACAGAGGGGACUUCUAGGAAGUUUAUAAAUUGUACUGUACAAUUUAAUCAUGCAACACAAUCCUCGUUUAAAGGGUUUACUUUGGGGCCUCAGGAUUGGCUUUACAGGGCCGCGGGAUUAACUCUUAGAGGAAUUAUAAAAUAACACGCUUCAUAACAGCAUCAGUUUUCAUAAGGACAGUGUUCCCGCAGACAUAAAUAUCUGUCAUGUUCUCAGAUCUAUACCACAGUGCAAUGUCUUUUUCUAUUUCAUAAAUUAAUAAAAAAUCCACCUAAAACGAAACAGCCAAGAAAACAAUGUAUGUUAAAGUGCAGUGCGCAUGAAAUAAUUAAAUUACUUUCUUAUUUCUUUGUUUGUUUUUAUAGUGAAGGCUGGUCAGAAAUCUAAAAGUUUCUUGUGGCGAUAAACUGUUAACAUAACUUUAAAAAAAUGUUAAAUAAGUUUAGCAAUUUGAUUCUAUAACUGGUCAGGUUUAUUGAUUUAUGGAGUUGAUUAAAUGCAAAAACAAACAAAAAACACCAGAAACAUGAAAUCAGGAUUUUAUAUCUGAGGGCAUCAGUCAUUAAAAAACUUAUAUCAGUCGACGACUCCAUUUAAAAGUUUUCUUUAAGAUUGAUGUUACUGUUUUAAGUCAAAAGGGACCAAAAUCAAUGUCAGCUUUAUUGAUCAAUUGAUGGCAUUUUGAAAUAAUCAGCAUCAUCAGUUUGAUUAAAAGUGAAGAAAUCCCCAUCUGUUCAUUGGAGUCAGCAUCCUUUUAAAUGAAAAGACAGUGAAUAUCAGCACACAGUGUUGGGGGAGUUUGAUUUUACCUCCACCAUAAAUAUUAAAUACGUCACGUUUCGACAUCUAAGGCUUUACCCUGUUUUUCUUUCAUUUCGCGAAUUAAUUCAAAAUCCACCUGAAACACAUUUUUUUCUGGCUGAGAUAACAGAAAAUACAAGAUUUUAAUGUGCAUGGAAGAACAGCUGUUAUUGUUAUCAAAUUAAUAAAUUAAAAAUAUAACAAUAAAAAAACACUGUCAGCUGUUGGAAAAAUCACCUGUUGGAAAAGCCGCUUUGGUCCACCCACAGUUUCAAGUAGAUGUGGAGGAAAGUGAAGUAAUCUGUUUGUAUUUGUACUGAGCGCUUUACAUCAAAUGUAGUAUUCUAUGACCUUUAAUGAGGGUCAGCAAUAAAGUGAUUUUUAGAUAGAUGUUUACUGUAGACUAAUCCUGGACCAGGAGGAAGUGCUGACAGCAGGACAUCUUGGGUCAUAUGACAGACGUCACGUGUCCUGAGAUGUGUCUGUUUCCCAUACGAGCGUUGAAGUUGUUUAAAGGAUAUAUAUUUAAAUAAACAAACUUAAUGAGUGCUGUUAUAUCCUCUCCUUUGAGCACAUCCAAACAGAAACACGGUCACAGUGCAGAUGUUCUCGUCGAACCUUUUUCCCUCUCACUCAUCGUCUCUCUGUACAAACAUUCACCAGCUCCACCACUCUACUCCUCUUCUUCCUCUCGGUCCACAGGGACUGAACGUAUUCCCCUAAUUAAUGUCUUGGCAGCAGGGCUCAGUAGGUUUGUGGCGCCAAGUAGGGGUCGUGACCCAUAUUCCUGUAAUGCUCGGAGGUUUUGUAAUGCUCUUAUCUUUUUUAUCUCGGUCUUUCUUUCUGUCUGUCUCCAUCCCUCUGCCCGUCACCACAGCCGGGCUCCAGGUUGAGGAAAUCUGACCUCUUAUCUUCUGGACAAUUUUUUCUGGUCAUUUCAUCUUUCCAUUUCAGUCAUACCGGCCUGGACACCCGAACCCCUCCGAGUCUAUUCUGGUCUUGUUGAGUUAUUCGGUGACCCUCUACUAUCUCCCUGACCAGUCUCUACUGCUGCUUUUCUAAGUGCCUCCGUCCCCCUGAUCAUCAUCAUCAUCAUCAUCAUCGGUCCUCCUCUCCUUUCCAUUCUCUCUCAUGUCUUUGUCCCUCCCAUGGGGGCAGUUACCCACAAGGCCCCCAGCCCACCAGCCCUCUGGGUAUUUGGCAGUGUGACUCCAGCCAUGGUUGGCAUGCAACCCUCUGAGCUUAAUGCCCAGACUUUCCCUUAAAUCCCUGACCCCCCGGCGGAGGGUAGGCUCCUUAAGCCCACCACAGCCUCCCUACAGGUGUUCCCCAGAUUUACCAUUAGCAGUAAUGUUGUCAGUGCCGGGAACAAAUGUGUUAGAGAUUCUUUGGCAGAGACAUGAUGGACAGGUGUAAACUGAAUGAUUUACGGGUCCUGUCAACCGCUCACUCUCCUCGUACCAAAUGUGUAUCUGGAAGGUAAAAGUGACUCUAAUCUGCAUGCAGAUUAAAAUCUAAUCCCCAAACUGGUAAUGGAAAUGAAUGGUCUUCGUUUUCAACAGGCUGUGCUAUGAGUUUGACCAAAAUCUUUGUAGAUGAGUGAAGGCAUGGAUCGUCAUCAAAUCUGUUAAAUGCGGAGAUGAUCAGAGAUUGUAUGUAAGAAUGUGUACCAUGUAUCUUCAGAGGGUGGCGCUAUGACUACAAAUGAAAAUUCAGUUUAUAGAUGUUUUUGCAGGUCUUAGAAUGACACAUAUACCUGUCGAUGUCCAUGUAGAUUCUCAUUCAUCCAGGUCAUGGUUUUUCUUGAAAUCUCAAAAUUCCAGAAACUCGACUGUGUAGAGUAGAGAAGACGUUUCGCUGCUUAUCUGAAGAAGAUUCUUGGAUAAGUGGCGAAACCUCUUCUCUACACAGUCCAGUUGCCGGAUUUUGGAGAUUUCAAGAUAUACCUGGCGAUGUUCAUGCAUGUAGGUGAAACCCACUGGAAGGGCUAAAUUAUGAACGUUUAGGGAGCGUUAUGGAGCAUCUGUGAAGUUUGAUGAGUUUUGGGAAUGUUGACCCCACAGGAGAUAUGGUAUUCAUUACGGACAUGGACGAGUCAGGGUCUCAGUAGGGUUUUUAUGUAAUUUGGUUCUCGUACUCUAACACAGUACUUUGCAAAUGUUCCCCAUACUUAAAAAUGAUCAUUCUUUUCUCUUUCACAUUUCUUUAUUUUUGAAGUUUUAGCUAAGCGCCCCUCCAAACCCUCUCUCUAAGACCCUCAUUGUGCCCAUUUGUCCCUUCUCCUCCCUUCCUCAGCGCCCGGGUGGAGUUGGUGUAUUUAAUAAUGAAUGCCUGUUUGUGUUUGUCAGUCUGCACGCUCUUGUUAAAGGGCUUUGAGAUAACUGUUAAUUCCUGCAGGGCUCUAUUGAUUAGCCUCGCUGGGUGUGGAUUGUUUUAUAGCCUGAGAGGAACAUAGCGCCCCCUCGCCCCCUCCCUCACCUCCUUCCCAUGCGUCUUCAGCCCCCCUCCUCCCUUGUCAUGGGUCUCUCUCACCGGUUGAAUAAUUAAUGAUUAACCUAUUUAAUUAGUGAGAUUUGCACUGAACAGAAGCAGAGUAAUUGAGUCUUCAGCCCUCCGUGUGGUUGGAGGGAGUGUGUUUGUCUUUAUCUGUGUGUAUCCGUCACACGUACAAUCGAGGCAGCAUUAAGUGGCUCACUUCCUCCCUUAUUCUCAAUUAAAACACCUCCUACCAUUAAGAGAGGCACUGGUGCUCCAAACUCGGACUUGCAGGGAGUUGGUGUUGGUGGUGUUGCAGUGAUGUAACUGUUUUGGUAUCAGGAGACUGACACUCAGCGCUGCUGUGGUUUGUCUGCAGCAACUGUAAUGCCAGCAGGGUUGGAAUCGAUAUCGGAGGGAGGCUAACGGCAAUAAGAGGAGAGCUCAGACUACCAGCUCAAGCUGUGAUAUUAAUAACUGUAACUACAGGCCAAAACAAUGACGAGGGAUUUGUUGACGGUCUUUAGCAAGGAUUGAAGACUGAAAAGAAAGGGUGGAUGCUCAGGGUUAGGUGGUUAACAUUACGUUUACAUGUUGGUACAAAAAAAUCAAUUUAGAGCAAAUCAUGUUAAAUCAAACUUAUUGUAGUUGGAUUUAUAAACCUGGAUCAUAACGAUUAUAAUUAUAAGACAUGAAGAUGAAGCUCUCCUGUCGUACAAACUGUAGAGUAGGCGAGUUCAGAGCUGUCAAAGGGAUGGUGUUUUCAUCGUUCGAUGUACAUCCCACUAAGAUCUUGCCAACGUGUUUUGCAGACUGUUUUGAUACGUAAUACAUCAACAAGAAGCCGACUCGAGGGUAUGUUGCCACCUACUGCAGACACCCAAAGACUGCAUAUAGAAUAGACGCCGACUGCCUCCUCAGCACCCUCUGGUGACGGGCUGCAGUAUAGGUCAUAAAUCCCGCCUCCUCCAGCAAUCCCAAUGGAGCUGUGGACAAACUUUAGAAAUUAAUUACACAGAAUAUAACUGUUUCUCCCCCCUGGUUGCGAUGUUGACAUGAAGUUAUUAUUCAAAGUUAGUAGGGGAUUCAUGUGUCUUUGAUUGACACUUGAUACAGCCUAUGGGUGUACGAAGAUUUGGUAGUGUUAUCACGGCAACUCUCGGCGUACAACGCAACUGCACAAGUGUUGGUUCCAGGAAGUGGAGAAAAUCCCAGAAAUACCGAAAGCAAUUCAGCUUUAAAUAAGAAUAAUGACGGAAGGCGGAGCCAAGUCGUCCAUACAGUCUAUGCAGACACCCUUCUGUCAGUAAUUUCUCCAGUGCACGUAAACUAGGACAAAGACAGUAGCCCAGAUAAGUUGUCUGAGUUGCUCAGCUUAACUGUGCAUGAGAACGUUCUUACAGGUUCAAGUUACAUGUACUGACGAAUACUGAAACUCUUCAGAAAAAGACGGUUUCUAUAAUUUAAGCCAUUACUUGACGUGUUCUUGUAAAAUUCUUAUUUUAUUUAAUUUUUAGUUUAUGGAGUUUUUUAAGUAUCACAGGGUGCACAUGUGUUUGGAGUUUUAGGUGUAGAAAGAAAAAGAGUGCUUCACUGCAUCACUAGAACGUGCUCAUGCACAAAUCAAGACAUUAUCUAAAGUUCACAUCAACAGUUCAGGCUUGUAGGGUUACAUUUAAAUGAAACACCAUGAAGACUUCAACAUAAAGUAGAAUCUGCACUGAGACGAAAUCAGCGUACUGUUCCAGCGUACUCUACCCAGACCAGCACCAAAGAUAGACCAGCGUGACACAUGUCGUCCUUGAUACCUGGUGAUACUGAAGUGGGACACCAUUGGUGUAUUACAGUAUUACAAAGUUACAUUAAGCUCUGACCCUCUUUCCUAUACAUGUCUCACAGUAUUUUUAGCCUUCAUCGCAUCACUUGGUAAAACUUCCUUGUAGGACACACCUGUGGGUCCUCGCUGCCCAAAAACCUCCUCACUCCUCCUUUCCUGGAGGUGCAUUUAAGGGGUUCGAAGCCCGUCCAUUUCUGGGUCACAGGAGGAGUGGAGAGGUGAGGUGGCACCAUUCAGAGUACCCUAUCAGUGGACCGCAGGACUGACUGGUCAGACACGGCUGCUGGUCUUGAUUCCAACACGUGUUCUUUGGCCAGCACAGACUUGGCAGAAAAACCCAGAACCAGAGGUCAGCACUAUUUAUACUCACCUGUGAGUGGGUCAGGUUGUUCAGCCAGAUUCAGGGCCUUACACAAGCGCACUCAAACACACACCUGCAUGUAUGCACUUUGGUGUGUGCGUGUGCAUCAGCAGAUCUCACUGCUGUGCUCCCGCCGGCGAGCUGCAGAGGGGGCUCUACACAUGUUUACUGCUGGCUCAGCAACCUGAGCAGCUGGUGAACUCCUGCCCCCGUUCACAUGACCGUCACCAUAACUGACAGAUAUUUACAGAAUUUGUUGGUUUUCCUGAAAGUUUUUAACUUCAUUUAACUGAAAAAAUCACAGCUUAAAUCUUGAAACGGGAUUAAAAAUGUGAUCACUUAAAAAAAUUAAACAUUGUGUUUUAUUAGGUGACCUUAUUUAUGAGCCCCAUGCUUUCCUUUGUGACCUUAUUCAUGAGCCCCAUGCUUUCCUUUGUGUCAUGAUAGUAGUCAAAAUAAUCCUGAUUAUGAUUUUUACGAUAAUCAAGCAGCUCUAGGUGUGCUCAGUGUUUUUGUUCUUCUGAACUUCUGUGUGUGGAUCUUCUUAUUUGCAGGUGUGGUUCCCCUGCUAAAGUGGUUUCUUAGGUUGCAGUGUAUUAAAGCUACAUGUUGACCAUUACCGGAGUAUGACAAAUCGCCAGGCUGCAUCAUGAAUGCAACAUAGAGGAAACCUCUUACACAGGUUACCUGCAUCUCCAUCUGUGUUCACACUUAAGAUUUUUCAGUUUUGCAGGAUAAUGCAGGCCUUCACUUUGGUUGUUAUUUAUCUCUGUGAAAUCCCUCUUCGAAGCCCCAGGUGUCUUCUUCUUCUUCUUCGUCUUCACAGAGGGCCGCUCUCUGCUGCGUAUCUGUGGAGGAGAGCAGCGAUGGCUGUGAGAGAGAGAGAGAGAGAGAGUACAGUAUUGAUCCAGGGCAGUUCAUUUUCUGCUGUCCCCGGUGAGUUGCUCUGGGGGAAAUAGCUAGUUUGUCUCCUGUCAUUGUGGCUUCGGAGUUAAAGAGGAGUUUAGAAAAAGGAAAGGAGAAGUCAGGGCGACACUUGUCUGUUGGGGACAAGAGGAUGAAGAGCACAAAGACAGGAGAUAUUAGUCCCUUUGUAUGACAUAUACACUCCAGAUUGAUAAACUAUCCCCUGGACUCCUGCUCUGUUUAUGUGUCUGCACAUGCGCUGAAAUGUACUCAACAUAUCCACACGUGUGCGGCUGAUAUUGUGUGGGCGCUGCUGAAGGGAGCGGUAUUGAUCAUUUGCCGUUUACUGUCCCCUGCUCCCCUGUGAAUUGCUCUGUGGGAAGUGGUUAAUUUGUCUCCUGUCUGGGGGGUUUCUCCCUCCGUCAGUGUGUGUGUGUGUGUGUGUGAGCCACAUGUGUGUGUGCCUGUGGCUCAUGUGGUUAAUUUGUGUCCUGUCUUUGGGGGGGCUUAGCUGUUAAAUACUUCACUCUGUCUCUGUGGAGACACUCCCUGAUAUCAUUGACCGUCGUGUUCACGCAGAGUAAUGCUGGACAGAUUGCUAAAUAGGCGUCAUUAGCAAAAUAAACUCUUAACGUGCAGAUGAUUCAAAGUGAGCCUGUGAUGAAGAGAAAAAACUUGGACCAGUGUUUUUAUCAUUACUGUUAAUUUGGCCACUGUGUGUAUCAAGUCUGUCAGUUUCAUCUCCUAAAUAAGUUGUGAUAGUCGGGCUGUUGUGAUUUAUACCUGAACUGACAAUCACUGUCUAUACAGAGAGUUCAUAGUGGUGCUCUUCAAUGCUGGUUGCCAUAUGUAUAAACACUGAAUAGACAAAUAAGAAGUAGAGAGAGAGAUGUUGUUUAUUCGAUCAAAUAUAAACUACAAUUUUAGACAAGAAAUUCACCUAUUUUUUGGAGAUGGAAAAGGAGUAGGUAGAAGCUGUUUAGCUUAUUUGUACCCACCCUCAUUCCUUCCUAUUCUUAGACCUUUUACAGUUACCAAAGCUCCAAAGUCUAACAUGAAUAUGCAACAAAUCAUUAAAACUGAGAAAAAGACCUUAUAUAUACAUAUAUAAGCCCAUGCCUAUAUACACACAAAUAUGCACUUCAUAUAUACACUCACCGGCCACUUUAUUAGGUACACCAUGCUAGUAACGGGUUGGACCCCCUUUUGCCUUCAGAACUGCCUCAAUUCUUCGUGGCAUAGAUUCAACAAGGUGCUGGAAGCAUUCCUAAGAGAGCUUGGUCCAUAUUGACAUGAUGGCAUCACACAGUUGCCGCAGAUUUGUCGGCUGCACAUCCAUGAUGCGAAUCUCCCGUUCCACCACAUCCCAAAGAUGCUCUAUUGGAUUGAGAUCUAGUGACUGUGGAGGCCAUUUGAGUACAGUGAACUCAUUGUCAUGUUCAAGAAACCAGUCUGAGAUGAUUCCAGCUUUAUGACAUGGCGCAUUAUCCUGCUGAAAGUAGCCAUCAGAAGUUGGGUACAUUGUGGUCAUAAAGGGAUGGACAUGGUCAGCAACAAUACUAAGGUAGGCUGUGGCGUUGCAACAAUACUCAAUUGGUACCAAGGGGCCCAAAGAGUGCCAAGAAAAUAUUCCCCACACCAUGACACCACCACCACCAGCCUGAACCGUUGAUACAAGGCAGGAUGGAUCCAUGCUUUCAUGUUGUUGACGCCAAAUUCUGACCCUACCAUCCGAAUGUCGCAGCAGAAAUCGAGACUCAUCAGACCAGGCAACGUUUUUCCAAUCUUCUAUUGUCCAAUUUCGAUGAGCUUGUGCAAAUUGUAGCCUCAGUUUCCUGUUCUUAGCUGAAAGGAGUGGCACCCGGCGUGGUCUUCUGCUGCUGUAGCCCAUCUGCCUCAAAGUUCAACGUACUGUGCGUUCAGAGAUGCUCUUCUGCCUACCUUGGUUGUAACGGGUGGUUAUUUGAGUCACUGUUGCCUUUCUAUCAGCUCGAACCAGUCUGGCCAUUCUCCUCUGACCUCUGGCAUCAACAAGGCAUUUCCGCCCACAGAACUGCCGCUCACUGGAUAUUUUUUCUUUUUCGGACCAUUCUCUGUAAACCCUAGAGAUGGUUGUGCGUGAAAAUCCCAGUAGAUCAGCAGUUUCUGAAAUACUCAGACCAGCCCUUCUGGCACCAACAACCAUGCCACGUUCAAAGUCACUCAAAUCACCUUUCUUCCCCAUACUGAUGCUCGGUUUGAACUGCGGGAGAUUGUCUUGACCAUGUCUACAUGCCUAAAUGCACUAAGUUGCCGCCAUGUGAUUGGCUGAUUAGAAAUUAAGUGUUAACGAGCAGUCGGACAGGUGUACCUAAUAAAGUGGCCGGUGAGUGUAUAUACCUGUGAAACUUCAAACCUCUCAUUUGUACCAUACCCAUAUACAAUAUAAUAAGUGUGACAAAACAAAAUCUUCCUUUUGUUUUUCUCAUAAUCUGUCAGAUUUCCUCUCAUGUGGACGUCCUCUACUCUUCCUGUCUUUUCUUCUCACUUGGUUGUCUCUUUGCUUAUUUCCUUUUUUGUACUUGCUUGUAGAAAUAUGUCAACAAAAUACAUCUACCUUCUAAAAACAUUUUUGGUUACAUCAGGUCAUGUAAAAGCACGUUAAAAUGCACAUUUUCUGUCUCAUGUUCUUGCUCAGAAAAGUAAGAUCUGCCUCCUCCUCCUCUUCCUCACACCUCCUGUCUACAGCAGCCUCCACUGCAUGCAUGUGUGCAUGAGUGCUUGUGAUAAUUUAAAACAUAUCCGCACUCUUACAGUUUAGGUUGUAUCCUAAAGGUUCAUGACCCCUGCUCUAUUUUUAAGUGGGUUACCUCACAGCUACUCCCUCGCUCUCCCCCCUCCUCCUCUCUUAGAGGCUUGUCUGUCAGUGCGUUCUCGCUUUAAUGAGUUUGUACAUAUAAACAGACAUGUGUUGAAUUACCACAAUGACAAGGAUUACAUAACCACUGAAUCAACCGUGACGUCUGAACUUUUGAGGACUUUUUUUGAAGUUGCUCGUCUCCUUGAAAGAAAUCGUUUGUACUUGAGAUUUGAACUUCAUGACUUCAUGUAGUGGUCGACCUGACUCGUGUUGGUCUCAUCGCCCUGGACUGGAGCUUUUGGCUGCUGUGACUUUGAAGGACUUUUAUCAGUACAUGUCCGCCUGUGUGUACGAUUGCGAGUUCACUUUGCCAGUGGUUCAGCGGCCCUGUCCGCUCAGAGCAGAUGCCCACUCCUCCUGGAUGCAAUCAGCGUUUUAGCGGACUGCUGCCAGCUCUUCUUCAGCCCAAAGGGACCAAUUAGGUCCUGGCAGCUGCACCCAGAAUGCCGCCACAGAAUGGGGGGGAGUGGGUGGGUUGGCCGGGAUGCUGCACAAGAGAAAGGCAGAUAAAGCUGAGGGCAUGCAUGUAGAUAUGAAGGUAUCAGGGUGAAGAAAAUAUCAGGUUAAUAAAGAUAAGUUUAACAGAAAGGAGGAAGAAGAAAGAAAAGAAGGAGAGCAGUUUGUUUAUUUGGAGUCUGUUUUCGUCCGACCACCUGCUGCUCUUUUAAAGGAUCACACAGGGGUGUGUGGGAGCUUUGGCCCCCUGCCCUCACCAAAUUAGCACCAAUGCCAACAAGAGACCCGACUGUCCCUCUUCAUGCCGUUGUCCCUCUUUCUUCCUGCUGAACUUUAACCCCUGAACUUUCCCUUUCACCCCGGUAAAUGCUGUGCCAUGUCAAGCCCCCCUGUCACUGAGCCGGCCGUGGCCCUCUGCCAAAGCGAACCCUCAGACACAAGUUCUGUAGUUAUUUCAGCAAGCCCUCUUCAUUACACCCAGACUCAAAGGUCAAAUAUCAGCAUUACUGCCAAGAGGCAUGUGUAAACCUAUACUCUAUAUAUUAUUGGACACACAAACCUUUACAGUUACUCCAGGAUUUAUUAUCCAAAUGCUGUUGUCAAAAACAGAGUGGGAAAUAUUUCAGACACUUCUAAAAAUAGGAAGGAUUUAAGUCUCAAUGCUGGAAGGAUCUGUAGGACAAAACUUGGAUUACUUGGUCUGCAGAUGUAGGAAUAAAGAAGCACAGUGAUUCAAUAGGAAGUAAUUGAUUAAAUUAAAUUGAAUGGAUUAAGAAAAACAAUUACAACGAUGCAAAAAAUAUCCAAUCCCCUCAUGCCUUGAGUUGGACAAACUGUUUCGGAUCAGAGGAGUUUUUCAUGAGAAAAAGAAAGUGAAAAGUUUUCCUGCUUCUGACCCGGGAGGAGUCGAGUUUUGAGAUCAUGUAAGUUCUCGUAAUGAGCCAGACCUCAGCUGGUCUCCAUGACUCUUUAGGACCUUCACCAACCACUUUCUUGACUCAUGCUUGGCUUCAUUCCUCCUCUGACUCUCUGUGUACAUCACCUCUGCGUGUCUCUCACUCAGUAGCUGAAACAGAAGUUGGGGGUCGGUGUUGGACCGGCUGACUUUGGUCCAUCACUCACUGGCUCAGAAGAAUCAGCAGCAUGAUGGAUGGCUCCCGUGUUGGCAUCUGCAACCAGAACCUCUGUCCUGGUUUAAAUCUACACCACCGAGCCACCUCUGCUCCCUGUGUGCGUGCAUGUGUGCUGACUGACAUGUAGUCCUGCUGCAGGGCUCUGCAUGUGUCCUCCGGCCAUCACUCAGUAACUAACACACACACUGUAAGUCCAUAUGCCAUCUCGAAACGAGUGUCUCAUAAUCACCAGGGCAGGAAUUUUGUCAGCCAAGACGUCCAAGACAUCAUCUAUUUCUGGAUGGAUCAAUUCUGCUUUAAGUAAUAGCUUUAAUAAUCAUGAUAAUAAUAGCUAUAACAAUAAUGAUAAUAACAACAAUAAUAAUACUACUAGUAAUAGAAAUAAUAAUAAUAAUAAAAAAUAAUAACAAUAAUAAUAAUAACAACAACGAUAAUAAAAAUAAUAAGAUUGAUAAAAAUAAUGAUUAUAAUAAAAUGAUAAUGACAAUGAUGAAAAUAAUGAGAAUAAUAAAAAAUAAUGAUAAAAAUAACAAUAAUAAUGAUAAUAAAAAUGAUAAUUAAAAUGAUAAUUAUAAUAAUAAUGAUAAUAAUAAUAAUAAUGAUAAUCAAAAAAUGAUUAUAAUAAUAAUAAUAAUAAUAAUGAUAAUAGUAAUAGCAAUAGCCAAAUAUUCAACCAUAAAUAAUACAAAUUAGUGCCCAGUUUAAAAGCCAGCAUCUGUAAGGGUACGGGGAGGCAUAAGCCCCCACAGCAUGGGUAGCUUCCACAUGUAGGGAGGCUCCAUAAAUGCAGGACUAUUAACACAAUUUUAGAUCAGAAGAGUGUAGCUCAUAUUUUUUUUAUAAAAUAAUCACAUUUCAGUUUAAACACUUGAAAUGUUGUUUUUGCACUUUUUUUAGUUCAAUAUAGGGUUCAAAUAAAAACAACAACAGCAGAUAGAAAGACUUUCCUCAUGAUCACAACAGUCUCUUUCUCCAAGACACCAUCUGACGACAUGAGCAGCAUCAAGGUUCCUGUCAAGUCUCCUUCAAAGAGCCGCUCACUUGCUCGGGGGUCCUGACGUGUUUGGUUGGGGGCAGAGGUUCACAUCCCUGGUGGAAUCUUGUGUUUCCCUGCAGGGAUGCACUCACUUAACCUUCAGGUGCCCCAGUCACACUUGGAAAAGGUUUUAUGAGACACGUUUACCGCCCCAUGCUUCCACUCUUAAAGACACACACGUACACACACACACCUGCACUCUGGAGCCUCUAAAACAGAUGCACAUGUUACAUGUGUAAUAAUGGCAGGCCUUAAGUGGACGGAGCCCCAGGCUCCUUCCUCCUGAUGCGUCUAAUGGGAUCUGCUGAUUGACAGCCACAGUCAUCCCUUUGACCCGACACGACACUGUGCGUGUGACACACACGUCAUGUGACAGACGUGAGCUGUUCUUUGUGAAUCAAAAACCUGACGGAGUUCUGGUCACCACAGAGGACUUUGUCAGCUCGCAGGGUCGGGGUCAGGGUCAAGGUUGAGUUCAAAGGAAAUGCAUGUUUUCAUCAUGUCUUAUUUACGUUAUUGAUGUGCUUUACGGCUAUAAGAGCAUAUGGCUACUCUGGAAAAGCAUGCGUCGGGGCCAUUAUCAUUGAAUUAUUCAUCAAGGAUGUUGUCAGGUCUCCUUGUAUAUCAUUCAACAAUUGGAAAAAUACUUAGACGUGGUCUGCGCUCUUCACAUGUGCGAGUGGUUUGACUGAUUUAGAUGACAUUGUUUCCAAAAAUAUGAUCAUCUGAUUUUGUUCGUUCAGUCUCGAUGGCGCCCGAGUUCAUGGAACCAAAAUACAGCAAAAAUUUUAACAAAAACUAAAUGGUCAUAAGUUUAGUUAAUCCUUAUGUGCCCUUUUGUAUUCUAAGUGGGUUAUUCUGGUUAUUAAAAAGCCAGAUUAAUAAUGAUAAUAAUAUUUACUUCCUUCCACCAAACACUGAUGUUUUGAUUUUCCUGUGCGUGCGGCUGAUAAAAAGAAAUCCCCUCCCCUGGCCAGGCAAAGGUUCCCUGGGUCAGCUGGUGUAUGUUACAGCUGAUGGCUCCACUGCGAUGAUGGACGAGGCCACAAGCCAGAAGUCCCCCCCCAGCCCUCUCUCCCUCCCUCCAUCAUCACCACCGCCACCCAGCUCCUUCCCAAAACACACUCGACCCCCCUGAACACGCCUCUCUGCGGUGACAUCACCGCCAAAGUGGCUGACAGCUGAGAGGGUGCGCAUCAGGGGCCUCCUGUGUCAGUAUGUGGCCCCCCACACAACCAUCAGCCUGUCAGCCCACGUCAACCCUUCCUAUACGUACACACCAAGAAAAGAGUAGGCGGUCCUCGUUACAGAAAUACGCUCUUAAAUAUAAACCGUUUCUUCUCAGGCGUCUAACUCUCUAAGCAGGCAGGUGUUAAUUUGGUCAUGACACGGAACAGACGUGAAGAGUAAUUGAUGAAUGUGAAGAAGCCAUCUGUCUGUCAUUACUUUUACUGUAACCUGGGUGACUAAGGCAGAUCUGUUUUUAGUAUGCGGGUAUGAAUCAAGGCCUGAUGCAGAAUUACCUAAAGUCUUGAUUAAACUGUUUAAAGUCUGAGAUUUUGCACAUUUUUAAGUUUGUUUCAUGAGCAUGGAGUUAGGGCUGGGCGGUAUGGGAAACAGUUUAUCACAGUGUAUUUUUUUCAUAUCAGUGGAUAUUGAUAUGUAUCCCGAUAUAAAAAAUGAAAUUUAACAGUACUUAUUGGUCGCAUGUUGAAAUACAAAAAGCUACUGCACCUGUGAGGUCUUGGUGUCUCUUUGACGUUUUGUCGUAAGGUGUUGCUCUAGAGAAAGCGGACUGAAUGGUCGUCUGUUUCGGCUGCACAGGCGCCAUGGGCUCCUUCCUCCUCUCGGAGUUUGUAACCUUUUGCGUUGCGCGUGCUCUGCCGCGUGUCACUGCUUCAGGUGGUGAAAAGAUUUGAGGUAUUCCCCGACUUUGUGAGAACAUGUACUCGAUAUAAUAUAUAAUGCACAUUACUCUGCUUCAUGUCAGACCUCAAAAAACCAAAAUACCUCCACACCACCAACGUUUCCGUGGCAGUGUUGUCAACCAUGUCAUCAUCUGUUGAGCCUUCGUCAUUUCUCGUAUCCUUUUUUUCUCACUGACAGUGCGGCGUCACGUGUCGAAGUGCUAUGGUUGUGUGUAGCUGUAGCCUGCUACGACGCAGUUGUGAUAAGUUCAGCGUGAAAUAGACUCGGAGCAACUCCCCUUUUCAUUUGCUAUUCGUAAAGUUUACCAAAACAUGGCAGAAUGCUGACAAUCGAAAAGCAUAUUGAGCAUGUUUUAUAUCCAUAUCGAGGGAAAUUCAUUUUUGAUAUCUAUCGUUAUCGUUUUAUUGCCCAGCUCUAGGUACAGGUGUGUUUUUUUAAGAAGCGUCUCAUCAGGACAGAAACAGGUUUGUUGUUGUGAGUAUUUCUGACCCGUCCUGAUCUGUAAACUUGGAUUUUAUGAGACUUGUCGUCACCAACCCGCUGGGAUAUAAAUGCUGCUGAAAACGGACAUCCUUUUAUUUCCUGUCGCAGUGUUGAAUGUCAGCAGCUACUUUCUUAAGAUGUAAUUCAGACAAAGUGCUCCACAUAUACACCAACAGCAUAUCUAUCACAUCUACCACCACAUGACACUUUAGGCACACUCCAACACAAAUCUGGACCCUGGAAUUUUAAACGGAUCCACAUCCUACAGCCACGAACUGAGUCACCUUGUAUAUGCGCUCGUGUCGUUAUGCUGUUACACUUGUUGUACUCUAGGAGGACAUGAUAUACUCAGAUGAGUUACAGGAUGCUGUAUUUUUAAGACCCUGGAACGCCGUUCUCCCUCCGUUGGCGGGGGGAAGCAUCGAAGUCUGUUGACAACUCUCGGUAGUCUGUCAGAAAGUGCUGCAGGAUGUCAGACAAGCAGAGAAGGUAUUAUCAUAACCACGCUGGCUUACAGAGGGUUAUUAAACUGUGGUAACUCGCUUGUUAAGUCUGAUGUUAGCGCGGCACCGCUGUCUUCUGUAAGAGCGCCGGAGCAGUGGGAGUCAGAAGAUGAGCCCCAGGGGACGGGGACACGGAUGGCAGGGGGAACAGGAGCUGUCAAUAAUAAGAUUUAUUAUCCAUCGACUCGUCCCGGGGAGGGGGCAGACAGGGACCGCUGUUCACUGAAUUAGCCGUCAGGUAAGGAGAGGGGGAUCACUGGGGGGAUCCCUUAAGAGGAUGGGGAAGGGGGAGGUGGUGCGGCGGUGGCCUGUCAGUAGCCCCAGUCAGAGGGCUGAAGGAAGAGAUAGAGAGCAUGGAUAGAAAAGGUCUAAAGCAGCAGCACCCAACUUUCCUCAAAGUCUAGACCGUGUCAAGGAGACGAGGCUCAGUCAUCUUAGGGAUGGGACUCCAGUUCAACCCUCCCAGAUCCGCCUUCUGCUGAUCUACAUUAGUGAUAUGUCAGUGCUUUGAGUGGAGUCCACAGUUGGACAUGAAGAAGAGGAUCACGCUGGUUAUAUCAUGAACGAGGUGAAAUGAGGAGAAAGAAAAGUUAAACUCCAAGGCUUUCAGGAAAGGUUUUUUCUUUUUGAACACUGGGAAAAAAGACUCUUAAAGGGAUAUUCCGAUGUAUAAUUAUGUUAGGGUCAAACACACCGUUAUGAUCAUUUCUUUAUCAUUUCCUUGGAGUAAUUAUCAACAUAUUAAUCAUUUUCUCUGCAGACGCGGUAGUUCUUCUGUCUUAGCGUCUCGGUCUGAUUGUAUUUCCAUGAAGAAAUGAUCAUAAAUGUUCUUCCUUGAGCUGCGGCACCCCGCUGUAGUCUGUAAUGGACUGGCCCGAGGUCUCGCUACAAACAAGCGGCUGCUGGAAGAGAGUAGGUGAGUUGUGUUUAGUCUCUUUGCUAAAGAAAUGAGUCAAAGUUAAAAAGAUGUUUGGUGUCUAGUACUAUGUCUGUGACCCUAUAUGUCCUGUUGAUGAAGUUAGGUGCUGUUCUGAGCAUUAUUUGUGGCUAUAGAGUGGCGUUUUGGUUGAGCGCGUGGCUCUCUGUAUUGCUAUCUACAGUCAUUACUAAAGUUGGUAUAACUAGAAAAGCAAGCGGGGUGUCGAACUCUGUGUUACGGUGUGUUUAUUAUGUUGUACAACAACCUGAUCCUGUUUUCUUCGUAUCAGACAUAAAUUCUGAUUAAAGGAAAUAUCGAAAGGGGCGUGAAACAGAGAAGCUAAAACAAUCCUCAUAAAGAUUUUUUUUUCGUUGAGGUGUCAGAAAUUUCAAACAAUAAAAAUGAGCCAAGCACUUGUGGAGAGACAUUUGUGUUCGUUAUACAAAAUCCUGUUGAAAUUCAUUGUUUAAAAGUUUUCGUACUUUUGAUUAAUGAAAGGAAACAUAUUUGAAAAUAAGUUUAAAUAAACGAAGUCCCAACUGCAGUAUCAAACAGUACCAUCGGCUCACUUCCUGUCCUAAAAAAGCUUUAUCUGAGCUUUGAUAGAUUGCAGAAGAGUAAGAAAGUGGUAUGAACCAUCCCCUCACUGUGGGUCUACCGCUGAGAGGCAGUCUGCUUGUAAAAGGGAAUGUGUUCAGAGUGGUGGUGGUGGUGGGGGUCUGGAGUAGAUUAUCUGUAGAUUCACAGCACUGAGUCAGUGGGAGAUAGAUGGUCGGCGUGCAAGCUGCAUGCGCUUGCAAAAGGUGUCUUUGCAGCUUCACAGUCUGGCACUGAGCUGGCCCCCCACCACCACCACCAACACCACGCUGCAAGGCAAGCCACUGUCAAAGGUCUAUUAAGGGAAGAUUGAGACCCCAGGUGUGUAUGUGUGAGUGAGUGUGUGUGUGAGUGUGCGUUCACAUGCUCAUUGGUCAUGGGCCUAUAGUGGAAGAUUGAGACCCCAUUGCUCCCAGAGCCACUCAACCAACACAACCUGCAGUGGUUUACAAUCAGAGCAACAGCGUCCAUCCAUCUGCUGACACACACACACACACACACACACACACACACACACACACACACACACACACACACACACACACACACACACACACACACACACACACACACUGAAGGAAUACUCUCUAACAAUACAGCUCACUAUGGAUGUCAUUAAACAGCAGCCGGGGUGGAACAGCUGGGUGACAGCGUUGUGGACACGGCGGUUGUCAUGAUGUUGGAACGAGGGUUACGGGACAGAUUGAGGUGCAGGUUAGAGAUGCUGGGGGGGGGAGUGAGAGGGGGGGUCCAGGAGGUUGGAGAGUGGGAAUCAUAGCAGCACCUUUGACAAGCCCUAUUUGUCAUCUGCCAGGACACCCAAAUAGCUCUGACUGCAAUACAGAUGGAUUGUGGGAGAAAAAGUGACUACAAGCCGAACAAGUAAUCCUGUAGAAACCUCAUCCCCACCUCCACAGAUACUCUCUCUCUCUCUCUCUCUCUCUCUCUCUCUCUCUCUCUCUCUCUCUCUCAGAUCUUUGCUGCAGGUGAUUUUAUUGAACACCUGUUGGCUAAUAUGAGGCUCAUUACAAACACGUGAUCGGUUCUUCCUGUUGAGUGAACAUCUGCAGGACACGGUUACGUAGAUUCCUGCAUGUCCUCGAACCGGAGUCAGUAUUCCAGCGGCCGCCCCGCUCGCUCCCUCGCUCGCAGUGAUUUGUUCUCCACUAAAUGUUUGUCUGAGAUGAAUUCUCCAGCUGAUCCAGAGCUGCAUCCCGGCUGACAAAUGAAACCAGCGCCUCGGGGGGGAGAACGAAAGAAAGAGUGAGGCGGGGGGAGGAGAAGGAGAAACUGGAAUGUGUAGAAGUGAAAAUCGAAUCAUUUUAUUGUUUGUCACCGCGGCCCUGCUGGUCACGGUUUGUUAUUGGAUGCUAAUUAAAACGGCAACAAUUCUGACAAUUGGCAAUUAAAGACUUGUGAAAGAGGUGACGGGGAAAGAGCUCCUCUCUGCGGGUAUAAACUCAUUUGUUAUCCCUUUUUUCACACCUCUCUUCACUCUGUCUUUUCUUGACUCAUUAGGAAGACAGAGUGCUGUCACUGACCACCUCAGUGAACGAUUGCUAAGAGAGGAGGAGGGAGCGCUGAUAAUGUCGGGGAAGACAGCUUUUUUUUAGCUGCAGUAAUUUAAACGAAUGUGAGGUAAAGCUGAUUCAUAGUGGGAUGAUAAAAUGACGAAAUGAGAUCAGGAACAAUAACGCAAAGAGGAAGACUUGAAAACAUGAUAUUGAGGUUUUUAAAAUUACCAAAAAGAGUGUUUUAACAUCGAGUUUGUCAAAGUGCGAUGUUUCCCCCGCUCUGCCCCAAUGGUGUAGACCAGACCAGUCUGAUACAGAACAAAACAAACCCAGAGGGGAUGACACCCUACAGCCGUUUGUUUGCACUGAGACCCAUCAACUAGAACCAGAUAGGGCUGCACUAUUAAUCGAUUUUAAAUCCUAAUCAGAUUAUUUAAUUACGACGGUGUUAAAAAAACUAAAAUCCACAAAUCCAUUUUCCUCUCUAUCAUGUCUCGUGCCUCCAGUCCACCGUAGGCUCCCCACUUCCCACACACACCAGUGUAAACAAACAUGGUGUUUGCUGAAGAAGGCGAUAAUUUCGUGGUUAAAUAGGACAAGAGCGAGUCAGUCGUGUUGAAUUGGUACGACUUCACAGUUUCAGAUAAAGAGUAAACCACUCCCCACUGCAAAGUCUGUCUGAAGGCGGUAACAACCCGUCACCACGGAAACAAAUUCAGGAGUAAACGUUAAAGUUUUUGUCGAGUUGGUGUUUCAUCCACACAGAAAUGGCUUUUCAGGUGACCGUAUUUUUUUUUUAAACGGGUCAGAGAGUGAAUAAAUCUGUAAACGACGACCAUUUCAUCUCCGUGUGGAUGUCUAUCUGCAUCUCUGGAAACGAUCAUGUGACACACAGAGAAACUCUUUUUAUGGCGUCUGAGCGUGUCCGACCAAAACAACCUUUAUACACAUGCUCUGUACUCUUCUUCUGUCUUUUGUGUAUUUCCUGUGCAGAGUUACAGCGCUACUCACUGGCUUGGCAUAUGAACUACAUCAUUUUAAGUGGUUUAGUUUUGAGAGAUAAUAGAAAAUCUUUUUAUUAUUAAAGUAAAGUUUGGUGAAAUUCUCACUGAAUAAAAAAAUCGAAAUCUGAAAUCGAUUUUUCAGAGAAAAAAAUCUGGAUUUUAUUUUUGGCCAAAAUCGUGCAGCCCUACUGUCACUGAAGUUUCACACAGUGCUUUUAAAAACUACAGGCUGCAGGUCCAACAUGAUUCAGCCUGUUUAAACUUUAACCUUUAUCACAUCAGAUUAGCAUUAAAAUUUAUUAUGACAAGGACUAAUGUCACUGUCCAGUCUAGCGAAUAUGAAACACUAACACUUCCCUGCUCUCCUCUCUCAAUCAGCAUGUUAGUUUGUACUGCUGUUGAAGAUACAACAGUCCAUUAGUUAUAUCUACGACUCCCUCAUGCUCCCAAACUUUGUUUCACUCUGAUCUGCUUUUAAAGGAGGAACAGAGGAUUGUCAAUUGUCAAGUAUUUAUUAUCACAUAAUGGAGCCAUAACCGUAUUUGAAGUAAUAGCCUGCCCAGUUCAACCAGUACAUCCAGCAUCAGUUGACCUUUGGACUUACAAACUGCUGUGUUCCUUCCUCAAACUUUUGCUUCUCGUCUUCACGUGUCCGCACUCAUCAGAGCUAAUGUGAGGUUUUAACGUGAACAAAGUCUCACACGACUCGAUGCAAAUCGCCCUCUUUGUGUGAACACGUCAGCUGGCGUAGGCCAUCAUAAAACACCGUGAUGGAUACACAGCCGGAUAAAUAAAUAAAAAUAUAAAAACACUUAGUCCUCUCUUUUUUCUAUUUGGAUUUUCUGUACUCUCACGCCUCUACCCUGAUGGAUCUGUGAAAUGAUAUAACGAAUGAGACUUGUAGUGAGAAGGAGGGAGGGAGGGCAGGCAGGAGGGAUGAAGGCAGCGAGCAAAGAGACAGAGGAUGUGAUUUAUUAGGCUCAUAAAAAUUCUGCCUUUGUUAUUCCCUUUCAUUUUUAGAUGUGAGGCUUAUUAAAGAGCACACCUGCCAGAGUCCUCACACAAACUCCUGAGUGAGUGUGAGUGUGUGUGGAUGCAAAGUUUCACGUGUUUCUGUGGAUUUGUUCUGGUUCUGACUGGAGAAUUUGCAGAUUUCCUCACUGAUCUGACUCUGCUCUCAUCAGGUCUUGCAGCCUCCCCCUCGUCUCAGCGGGUGUUCAGGACACGCUACAAGAUGGUGACCCGCCCGGGCUCCAGCGCCGCCCACACCCCUCACUACAAUCCUGCGCUCUCAUGGAGGACCAAGAGGAUCCAGUCUGCCAGGUAGAACACAUGCACACCCCGUACUCCCCCCCACAGUAAGUCCAGGUCUGGGUUUGAUGCGUCUCAUUGGCUAAUAUUCCUCAGCGCUGAGCGGCGCCUCGUCUUUUAUGUCACCGUCAUGUGCAGCAUGAGUGGAAGAGGUCGGGGAUUUAUGGCGCUCAUUUUUACACACUAGAUAACCCAGAGAAUAAACCAUUUACACCACUCUGCUCCUCACAUUAAUUCCAGCAGCAGGAGAAGCUCCUGAAUCAGGACAGAAAGAGCUGGGAGGUCUGCUCCUUCAAGUCUCCUAUUUUCUUUUGGUUUGCACCUCAACUGUCCGUCACUCUAACAUCCUCACAUGAAGUUUACUCCUCUAAUUCGUCACAUUCAUAAUGAUCCUAGACAAAGAAAAGCGAUAAGUCUGAAUAAAGUAUAAGAGAGGAAGUCUUUGCCGCACCAGGGUGUUAAAUCUCACACUGUGGUGAAUCAGAGUUCACCUGUUUCUGUGGAUCAUGACCGGUCAGUGUUAAAGGACACAGUCUUCAGUGUUACAGUGUCGCCCUGCUAAACACACACACUCAUGAUGCACACAAACCAAACGUGUCUUGGUUAAAAUAUCAUGAAUGCAAAAACAGGUCUGACAUGUUUUAGAGGUGUUUUAUUGAACCGAAGUAAGGCAAAGGAAGGCAAGUUUAUUUGUACAGAACCAUUCAUACACAAGGCAAUUUAGAGUGAAAAAAAAAAUUAAAAAGGCGAGAUUAAAACAAUUUAAAAUCAAAAAGACAUAAAAUGAUUUAAAAUCAAUAAGACAAACAGAUACAUUUUUUUGUCUGUUCCAUAUUUGCCCUGAACUCCAAGAAAACCAUCGUUUGCCGGAGAAACAAAAUAAGUCACAAGCUUUUAGUCCCAGGGGCAAUACUUUUUUUUGUAGGAUGGUAGGGGGAAGUCCCACCUCCUUUGCCUCUGAUUGGCUAGAGAAACUGGAAACGUCGUCACAGGCUCAAGCCAAACGCGAGCUGUCAGCUCUGUACAUCGAACAGAACAUUACAGAACAUUAUCGCACUUCUGACUCUCCUAACCCUAACCUGACAGACGAUGACGUUUCACAGCCAUAAGGUAUAACCAAUUGGAGCCCAGCACUUCUAGCCAAUCAGAGGCGAAGGAGGGCGGGACCUUCCCCUACUACCCUACAAAAAAUACAUUUGCGUCACGGGGUUCCCCAGGUGGUAAUUAGUCUUCUCUUUGUCUAUCUCAGACGGUAGUAAUCAGCAGAAUUAAAGAACUAAUGGGAGAUAUCCGUUUAGAGAGAGCCAGCCCUGGAUGAGUGUAAACUUUGAGUACUGCUGGUAAUGCGUGCACCAAUCAAACGGCAAAGCUCCACCUCUUAGAGAGGCCCCGCCCAUCUGGGGCAGGUAAAACAAACAAGCCCUCCCAGCUCCGCCUACAUGCUGUCUCCAGAUAUCUGUUUUUUAAAUUGUGUCACGAUUAGUGAAUCCAUUUUAGUAAUCACUAACUCUUGUGUUGUUGAACUCUGUAUUUUCAUUUAGACUCGAUCAUGAACACAUUUUUUGAAACAGUUAAAAAUAACAUGAUCUUGGACUCUGUGGAUUCAAAUGUUCAUGAAAUCCGAUCUGUGUGACCUCAAAUUAUAUUUUGGAGCAUUUGUGUGAGAGCAGAAAAUCAUGGUGCGACUGUUUGAGCUUAGAUUUGUCUACUGGGGAGAAAUAUAGUCUUAUGAUUCUUUACUUGUUUUGAACUUGCUAAGAAAUCAAAACAUGAGCAACAUCCUAAAAUAUGAGUCAAGAGGUUGUUGUGAACGGGGAACCAUGAAGCGCUGGCACCGCUCAGACAGGAAGACACAAAUCCAAAUAAUCACCAACAUGUGAAACUUUGAAAAAUACCCUUUAGACUUUUUAAAAAUUGUUCUGAUGAGAACUUUUCAUGUCUUUUGGUCGAGUAUAUUCCUCCUCUUGUCCACCUUUCUUUUGUGUGUGUGCGCUCGUGUGUGUGUUGGUGUUGGGGUUCAUUUGUGUAAUCCAGAUUUGGUGAGACAGAGGGGCCCGGGCUGCUGCUGGACUCUUGUGACUUAUUACUAUUCAUUUAGCUGCUGCAGUAAAUAUUGAUUCAUCAAGGGAUUUUCAAUUUGAGCCCCCUGACAUCUCGUGAAAUAUCACCAAGUGUGUAGAAGUGAGGGAAGAGAUAGGGAGGGAGGGGGACAGGUCGGGUCCCCAGGGAUAGUGGAUUACCCCCCACCUCCCCGCACCCAUCAAUGCGCUCCCUCCUCCUCCUCAUGCUUAUCUAUCUGUUUAACUGAGAAGAGCGCCCACUUUUAUCAGUUUGGAGCCAUUGAGCGCAGCGUGAGCUCAUAUUCUUCUGCUCUUAACUACCGAGCGCCGCUCUUCAUCUUUGGCCUAUCAGACCCACUGGACCCUGUCCCCAUAUGUUCUCUGCUCUUAUCUGGGAGCCGGCUCAGAGCUUCAACGCUCUCUCAGGCAAUGCAUCUACGAAACACAAAUACCUGACCCGGGCAUGAACAUGCACAUGCAUGGUGCUGCUCCAGGUAGAGGAAUCUAACGAAACACUGUUGUUGAACCUUGUUGUCAACUACAGAUAAUUAGAUGAGGAUUUUAAAUUAUUUGACUAUUAUUCUUACGGUUCGUUAUAGUCGAAAAUCUGUAUAUAAUGAUAGUUUUAUGGUGGGGUAUUUUCACUGUUACUCCUCACCUGCUGUAACACUUGAAGGUUUAAUUGGAGGACAGGUUGUUCAGUCUCUGAGGUCGUAACACGGCUGCAAACAGUCCUGUGUGUAUGUGCACAUCUGAGUUUGUGUGUAUGUGGCGCUUCUGCAGGAUGCAAAGUGCGCUCUGAUGGCAGGAAUUAGUUCUGGAUCCAGUUACCUCAGAUGUCAGAGCUGGGAAUGACGUUACACCUGAGUUGACAGCGCUCCAGUUAACAAGUCGGAAAACCAAGAUGGAUGCCUACAGUUACCUGUUGUUAGCUGUUGUUUACAAUUGUUAGUUGUUGUUAGCGAUACCAGUUGUAAACGACGCACAACACAGUAUUUUACUCUUACAAACACCAUAGCACCGUUAGACGUAAGGCAGGUCAACAUAAACCAUUUAUCUAAUUUCACCGAAACAAAACAGAAGUGCUAAAAAAUAAAACAUCACGAGAGCUUUCACUGUUACUCUUUACUGUUGAUGCACUGCGCUGCCAUCUUGGAUUAUGACGUUGUCGUCAAGUUGGAGUUGGUGAGGAUCAUCAGACUUUCCGAGUCAGAAAUCCGACCUCAGGGGGGCAUUCCAGACGAAUUUCCGACUUCUCGAAAAUCCCGACUUCUGAGAACAGCUGGAACGCAGCUUUAGUUCUGGUGCUGGUGUUCAAGACUGAUUUGUGGACCAGGACAUCUUCUCUAUUCUGUCAUUUUAUAUUUACCUGUGUAAAAAUUAGGGGGUGUUCUGAUACGAUAUUGAUGCCAGAAAUCAGUCCGAUAUCAGCCAAAAAACAGAUAUCUGAUUAUAUCAGUCUGCAUCUAAAACCUCCAAUAUCAGCACUCCGGUACAAGCAGUCCACUCCAGACUCCGCUUUGGCACCUUUAUCUAGCAGCCCCCGACUCCAGCAUGUGGAGCCCAUAUAAUCACAACAACGGUGUGUACUAAGAUACUAACAAAGUAGAGAGGAGUCGGACUGAUGCCCCCUGUGUGGCAGGUUUUUACAUUAAAGUCUGAAAAAGACGUUGCAGCUGAGUGAAAAACUGAGUCAUGCACAAGUCUGUGCCAAUACCGGAUCAAUAUCAGAAUCGGUCAGUAUUGAAGGCUGCAAUAUUGGUAUCAUAUUGGAAGUAAAAAAGUUAUAUCGGGACACCCGUAGUGAAAACUUCCUGACCUUUCCUUUAAAUAUUAUUCCUGCUUAUUUGAUGAAUUUGUUUGAUUUUUAAUUCAGCAGGUAAAAUUUGAGUAUUAACACAAAAACAAUUCAAACCAAAGAUCAAGUUAAUGUAAAUAUUUAAUGCUACUCAAAGGCCCUCUAUAAUCAGGGUUUUUUUUCCCUUUCCCAGCAUGCCGUGCUCUUCUUACCUGUGUCCAGACUAGGAGAGCGUGCCCGGUGAUUUAAUGCCGGGGGGCAGUUUGAAGGGGGCGGGGAACUGGCUGUCGUAUUUCAACCCCCGCCACCAGCAAAUAGAUAUAAUCUCAACAUUAACUCCAUUAAUAGUAGCAGGAGUUGAAUUAAGAAAGCCGUAAAGCACGCAGCACACUGGAGGAUAAAUUACAGCCCUCCCUUCAUCGCCCUCACACCCUCCCUGUUUUCCUCCUCACCGUCCUCUCUUUAAUUUCAAUAUUUGCGUCCUCGGUCUCUUCCUGUUUUCUCCACGUCUGUGUGUCUGGAUUGUUCCGGCCCAUAACUUUACUUCUUUCUCUCUCUGCCUUUCUUUAAUUCAUUUAGCCCCCCCCCAAACACGGCUCGACCCUCCAACCCCAAAUAAGAGCCGUGUUUUGGAGUGUAUACAUCCACACACACAGCCACACACAGACGGGGUCCAGGCGCUCAUCUCCUUUAGUGCUUCAGUAUCGAUCAGAACAGGAUGUAAGAGACUGGGCAAUAAAGUGAAGCAGCGCUCCCUCUUCUUCACUUCUCUCCUCUUUUUCCCCGCAUUCGCUCCCCCAUUCAUCGCCUUUUAUUCCCUGAUUCAUUCAUUCACUCAUUACUUAUCGCAUUAGUCAUCUGCUCAUCACCCUCACUUGUGUGUAAUCGUCCUCCUUCUCCGCACAAACACUCUCUAAGUGUUCUUUUGUCCCUAAAAGUGGAUUUUUGUUCAUUACCCUCGCCUUUCUUUACGUUAAGUCGGAUUUGAUGGCAUCCCGACGCGUAAUGACGCUUCUUUGGUUUCCUUUAAGUGCCUGAAGAAGAGCAGCAGUCCUCGCCGUUGGAAUUAGCGGGAUGACUGUUUUUGCUGUGCUCUGUUUCAAGGGUAACUGUUUCCCAAUAUGAGCUUACUAAUGCUUGGGUUGCAGACAAAUAGACAAGAGCAGCAUUAUUCAGAGCAGCAGCGCGACCCUCCAAAUUCUUCCCUGUCACUAAAACAAAAGUCGGAUCAUUCAUCAACGGCAGCCGUAGUGCUGAAUCGCGCUCUCCUUUAUCUGUGCGUCGCAUGGUCAGAGCACACACACACACACACACACACACACACACACACACACACACACACACACACACACACACACACACACACACACACCUGCACAAACACACACACACACACACAAAUACUCACUCAGAGGAGUCUCAGGGGAGUUUGUUCAUGCCCUUGUCCCCUCCUUCAUUUCUUCCUUUCCUCAACAUAUUUUCACCUUUUCUUCAUUCUUCUUCUGCGGUGACCUCCAGUUUGUUUCACAGCCAAAUGAGACAAAUGUAAAAGUACAGAUGUCGUACUUUAGUUUGCCUAAAGUACAACAAUAGAGUCAUUUUAAACUGAACAGGAGUUAUCUGCUGAUAAAAUCAAAGUGUGUGAUUCUGUGGAAUAAGUAAAUAUUAACCUCCAAUUAGAUUUAUUUUGUUCAUCAGAUUUAGUGUCUUACAAAAACAAGCAUGAAGCUGUUUUUUGGUCUUUGUGGAAAAAUGCAACUUUUCUCUUGUCCAAGUAAGAAAAAGUCAAAAUUCUGUUUCAUAAUCAGUUGACGUCUGUGAUAAUCUGUGUAUGCAGUAUUUGAUCAGUUCUGGUUUGUCUCUUUUAUAAGGGUGUCUGGUCUUCUUUAAAGUCCUGUUAGGAGUUUUGGGUUGUUUUUUGUAAGCAGACUGAAAUUGAAAAAAGGAUUUUAUUUUAUCAUCUAACAAAGUAAAGAUGACUGCCAGGAAGAAGACUGACUUUUUUUGUAUAUUUUGUGGCCUUUUGAAUUUAUUUAGAGGAUAGGACGGCGGAUACGGCUGGAAACUAGGGAUGGUUGACGGUGUAAAAAUCCCAGGUUUUAAUCAAAACACAACCUUUGUACAGAGAAAACACAACUCCCAGUAAUAACCGCCUGUCAUAACAAUGGCACUUAAGUGUCAUAAUUGACUGUUACACAAAGGCAGAAAGAUUUAAUCAAUCAUAAAGCACUGCUCACUCCUGUGACGAGAAAAGAGGAUCCCUCUUUGUCCACAUGGGGAAACAAACUUGAACCGCCGGACCAGAACUGCAGAGGUCCUUCAGCAGAGUUUUUGCACCAGCAGCACCUGAAACCUCUGUUUCAGAGCUCGUACUGUUGUCCCGCAACCCUUCAGAGUCCUUUAGUAGUGAUGGUUAAAGUGCUGUUUGCUGUCAUUGGAUGGGAUUUUCUGAAGGGGACCUAAAACAGCUGAUAGAAAUCAUUUUGUAGCUUCAGUAGCAGCUCUAGACCUGGAAGUAGUACCUCGAAAAAGCCGGAGAGAUGAGUUUCUACUCUGUACAACCGUAAACCCUGAACAGAGACUAGGCGUUGUUGGUUGCUUUAAUUUUAGGAACUGCAACCUUAAUUUAUGUAAAUGAAAAAUCCAUUUGUAUUUAACAAUACCGAAAUUUGUGACAAUAACCGACGUCAUUUUGUAUCGGUAUGUUCGGUGUCAAAAAGAUAAAUAAAUAAAAGUUUGUUUUUGGAUGUGUGUAGGUAGGCUAUGGUCUCAUGUCCCUUUAAGACGCCGUCCUACGUCAGAGACGUGACUCCACCCCAUCCAGUCUGUAACAAAGAGGGAAAGACAGGUGAGGAGAUGGAGGACGGUUCAAAAGUUGGAGCGGCUGAAGUAGACGAAGUUAAUGUGGGAGGGGGUGAGCAGCUUGUGGAGUAGUUAUCGUCCAUUUAUCGUUAUCGAGGUGAACUGAUCAAUAUAUUGUGAUAUUGAUUUGAGGCCAUAUCGCCCAGCCCUACUGUAAACCCUGAUUUGAGUUUUGAUUUGAACAAAGACGAAGAGUUGCCAGUUGCUUAAAUUUAAGGAGCUGCAAACUUUAAUGUCAAUGAAAAAUCCAUUUCUACAGUUUCCCCGUCAUUCAGCCAACCUGAUUUGACUCUGAUUCAUUCUCUCUUCUGCAUCUUGGACGUCCAACAUGGAGGGAUUUCUGCAUUUGUCCAUGUAGAUUCUCAUUCAUCCAGGUCAUGGUUUUCUUGAGUUUUCAAGAUUUCUGCAUUUGUGUCCUCGGGGCUCUAUGACCAUACAUUUCCAUCCAGAGGACAGGAGUGAGGUCUGCAGACCGAGGGAACAGAACCAUGUUUUUACUUGAGUUUUAGUUUUUUUUAAGUGGUUAAGACUGUUUGCCUCCUUCCUCCCUCCUCUCACUGCAGGCAGAUUAACUGUGAAGGUACUCUGCUCCUCCAGAGGCUGUUUUCUUUAAUGAGACUCAGUGUAAAGGAGACACAGAUUAUGAAGAUUGAAGUCUACGUGAAGUUUGAAGAUGGUCUGUUUCGAUUUGAUUCAAUCAUGGUGUAAAAAAGUAGAAAAAAAAAACCCUAAAAUGAUGAAUCCUGAUGGAGAACAAAGACUCACAGCAGGUUUGGAACACCACAAACAUGAACCCAGUAAAAACCAUCCUCCUCACAGAGCGGGGUGUAACAGCCCCAGUCACCCCCCUGACUGCGGCCCCGUGUCAGGGUUAACUGCUGUCUGUGUUAACUGUUCAUGUCAUAUCCCCAUUAACCUCCAUUGUGGCUCCCCAGGCCGCCCGCUCCUUGUUUAAGCCUCCCAGGGUGGCAGUCAGCGCUCCAACAUUAGCCUCCAUUACAGCUCCCCUGGCUGCAGUUGCCCUGUGUAGGGCAGCCACUGAUCUUGUACCGGUGAAACGGAGUGUCUGUGCCGCUGAGUUAUGGCGUGCAGUCAGGUAGGGUGUGUACGUGGACACAGCUGAUGGCCGGGACGAUGCUCGCUUUUUCUCUUAUUUGCAGCGGUGCAGCAGCUCUCGCCGGCUGCAGCGCGUUAAGCGUCCGUGUCAGUUGUUUUGUGCGCUGCGUGCAUUCGGGGUAACCCUCUCUUUUCUCUGUAAUGGGAGGCAUGAACUCUCGCUCUAAACCCAUUUCCAGCCCAUCUGAAAUACGGCAGCAAAUUACCUCCAGCGGCACCCUGCACACCAGCCCCAAUCCGCCCCAAAUAGAAGUGACAGGACAGCGCAAUUUAUCGCCAUAACCCCUGCACCACCACCCCACCACCACCACCACCCAGCAGCCCCGCACACACACGCACACACACGAGUCUGCUGAGUGACUUCUGAGCAGUGGGCAUGUGUGUGUAAAAGCCUGCGAUUGUGAGCACUGUACAUACUGUAGCAGGAGUGUGUUUUCUGUGUGAGUGUGUGUGUGUGUGUGUGUGUGUGUGUGUGUGUGUGUGUGUAAGUGUGUGUGGUCUGUGCGCUCCAGUGUAGGGGCCAACCUCGCUGCCCUGGCCCCCUGCCCUGCCUAUUAUCUCAUUGAUUUCCUCCUCUCCUCUUUUCAAUUCUCUCCAUUUCCACACUGCCGUCCUUUCCAUUAGAGGAGCAAUUUAACAGAGUGCUGUGACAUGGGAGGGAGAGAGAGGGAGGGAGGGAGGGAGGAAUGAGGGGAGAUUCAAGGAUGGGAAACAUAAAGUGAGGAGGGGAGAAGAAGAAGAUAGGGUGAGAGCUGGAGGAGAGGAGUGGAGGAUUAUUCUCCUAAAAAUUCACACAUGUACCUAACACGUACAAAAACGCCGACAAUGAGGCUGAUUUGAUAAAAGCCAUAUUGGUGUUUUCUCCUCCUUCUUCUCGCAGGAGUUUCCUUCAGAGUCGCCUGAGAACUCCUCCUCCUGACAGACAGCCGUCAUCCGCCCAGCGCUGGAGAGGAAGCAGCAUGUGCUGGAUUGGCGGUUCCCUGUACCGCGUCUCAGCCAAUAAGCUGUCCCGCACCGUGGGGUCCAACAUGUCCAUAAACAGAACAGGUACGAAGACCACCUCUCUGUGAGGCCUUCGCGGAUCCACAUGUGGUCCAGUCCCAAAACUUUUAUGUCAUUAAAAAAAACUCCCCUGAGAUACAAAAGUUUGGAAGCAAGAUUUUUUGACUAUUGUGUAAAGAGUAACUUAUCAGAAGACAUUUUGACUAUAAUUGUUAGCUAUUUGAGUUAUUGUUGUUUAGACUUUGCUCUCUUUAAAGUAACCUCCUCUGGCUUUAACAACAGCUCGGCAUAUACCAGACAUUCGUUCCACAAGUUUUUCUAAGGUAUGUUCCAGGGAUUGCAUUCCAAGCUUUCUUAAGUUCAUUAAAAAGAGACGCUGAUUCGUGGGACGCGUUUUUCUGACCGAUCAAUCCAAUUCAUCCCACACAAGCUCAAUUGGAGAAAGGUCUGGAGACUGAGGGGGCCAAACCAUCUUUUGAGGAACACCUUCCUCUUCUUUUUUGUCGAGGUAACCCUGACAGAGAUUGGCAGAGUGCUUAGGGUCAUUGUCUUGCAGCAAAACAAACUUAUGAGCCACAAGUCUGAGUCCAGAUGGAGCAGCAUGGUGCUGGAGGAUGGAGUGGUACUGUUCCUUCUUCAUGAUACCCUUCAAACAAAUCUCCUACUCCAUCAAAAACAUCCCCAUACCAUGGAACUCCCACCUCCAUGCUGAAUUGUGGGUGUAACACAUGGUGCUUUCAGACGUUCACCAGUUUGUCUGCGGACAUAGACUCUGAGUUUUCAACCAAACAGUGCUAACUUGUUUCUCGUCAUCAUAAGUCCAAUUUUUGUGAGCUUUUGCCCACUCAUAUCUCUUUUUCUUGUUCUGUGGAUGAAGUAGUGUUCUUAUGCAGAUGCACAACCCUUCAGACCAGCCUUUCUCAAACGUCAUUUCACGGUUGUCAGAGAUAUGGGUUUCGACCUUGUCAUGUUGAUUUCCUCCCUUAUUUUUGGUGCUGUCUUUCGCCGAUCUCACCUACUGGUGACAAUGCUCUGUUUAUCCUCUGUUUUUGUAGUAACUCUCUUUCGUCCAGGUCUUUUUCUAUCAUCAGAACUUCCAGCUUCCUCUAGUCUCUUCAGAGUGUAGUGGACUCCUUUGUUAAACACAUUUAGGCGUUUUUCUCUUUCUGUGUAUCCUUCUUUCCUCAAUGUACAAAUCUUUACUUUUGUUUUUUACUCAGUUGCUUCUUUCUAGCCAUUUUUGCGGUAGUUUGAACGCAGUUGAGAUUUAUUAGGAUUUUGUCUGCAGACUCUCAGAAGCCAAAAAGUUGAAGUGAAUAAUCCAACUGUGAUUUGUUUUUUUGUUUUUGCACUGAAGUUGUGACUCUUGCAAAUGUUUCCAACCCUAAAACUAAGCCCUUAUUUUCUUCUGCUGACAUAUAUUUAGCAAUGGUCUGUUAACAUCAAUGUAUAUCUAAAGGUAAAUGGAGUAAAAUGGUGCAUUUCCAUGAAAGCAACAUCUGAUCAUGGAGUAAAUACAUCCCAAAAUACAUAAAACUCAUGCUGGAUUUUAACAAGUUACUCCCAACUGUUCGGCCUGUACUGGCCUUGCUUCCAAACUUUUGGCCUGUAGUGUAGAGAAAGAGUAUUUCAAUCUUCACCUCUAACCUUCUCGUCUCAGAGUGCGACUCUUCGUUAAUUUAAUACCAACAUCAACACUCAUUAAAACAGUAGCUGAGCUUUGAUACCCACCCUGAAGUGAUGGAGGGGUGUUUAUUCAUGUUUGUGGCUGCAGCUCUGUCCCCACGCUCUCUAAUAGACUUAGGAGAACCUUGUGGAUUUGCCAUCUGAAAUAAUAAAGCUGUCAUCUGUCAGAGGAGCGAGGGGGAGGGUCUGGAGAACUGGACGGUGCAGAUUAAAGCCUGGAUCUACCCUCUACCUCCUCCUCCUCCUCAGUACCAGCUGCACCUGCAGGUGAAAUUGAAGAGCUCCUUUCUGCUCCACCCGUGACCAGCAUCCAAACACACGCCUCAGAUGUCCUCACAUCCUCCUCCAGCCGGGCUCACGUUUGUUUCUGGUCCGCAGCCACCGACCGGGAUUUCUGCUCUGCUCAGAUCACAACCAGAGCGAGGACCCGACCAGACUUAACGGCCAAAAAAGUUCCAGAAUUAGAGACCUGAAUGAGACAGAGUGCCGUGUGUAACUCCAACCAGCAUGUCCUCCUCUCCACCCGCCUCAUGGCCUCCAGCAAACCCACAGAAUCACACCACACAGGGGGGAGCUUCCUCUCCACCAUUACUGGAGUGCACCGAGUUUAUCAUGUUUACCGUGUUCUCAGUCAGAGUCGGACGUCACGUUUGGCUUUGACGCCGAUGUGUCAAACCACAGCAGCCGUAUAAAUAACCGGGCCGGAUCGGGUUCUUAUUGCAUCUGGCUGCAGCUUCACUUCUGUCAAAUCUGAUCCCAGCAGAGAGUGGAGUGAUUUUUGAUACAAACGAUCGAAAACUGACCUCUGCCUCAUUUUCAAUCAAUUAUCUGAACAUCCAUCACCAUGAAAUAAGAGAUUUGAGUUGAGAAGUCAAAAGAGGCCCAAAUGUUUGAUAUCUUUUUGAUUUUAGGUAAUCUUGUCCUUUUUUCAACGAUCGCUUUUUCAUAUUGGAUUAUUUUUCAGUCAUUCUGUCUCAUAAAUGUCCAAAUCUCACUUGGACUUAAAUUGAUUUUGUACCUCACACUCUCUUAAAGUGAACAAGUCUCACAGAUCAACUCCUUAAUAUCUAAAGCUGCAGAUAAGGACACUUGAAGUCACUCUAAAGACAUGAUUCAUCAUCUUUUCACAGAUUAUUAUCCAGUUUUUUGCAUGCAUUCAAACGUGAAGGUUCAGAUUGACACUCCUGUGAACGACUUUCAUGCAAAAAAUGUGUUUCCUCUCGAUGCUCUGUAAAUAAAAUAAACUUUUAACUUGUCAGAAACAUUGAAACCGGAACUUUUUAAACCGACCAGGUCUCCUUUCUCUCACAUUCAGGACGGUCUUUCAGCGGCGCCCAGGUCUCCUUCACCAGCCCCACUUACAGCCGACCCUUCAGCACUCGACAUUUGGCCAGGUAAGCUUUUCAGGACGGCGUAUUUUAUUCUUCACGAGACAGUAAAUAAAAAAAGUGUGAACACAUCUGAGAAUCAGUCCAGCUUUAAAACCCCGUCCCUAAUCACAUGUGGUCUGCGCCCCGCUGGCAGCACCAUCAUGAAAUCAAAUCAGCCUGUGGCUUUUGCAUUUGAUCCCCUGCUCUCUCUCUCUCUCUCUCUCUCUGUCCCUCGUUAUUAACGGCCUUUCAUCACUUCAUCUCUGAGCCGUUAAGCCUGAUCUAAUCGUUUCAAUUUAAAAUUAGCGUUUGUUGGAUACCCUUACCAGCAGCCAUGUUCAGGUGUCAGUAAAAAAAACUCCUUCCUCCUCCUCCUGUCACGGUCUUUGUGUUAUUGACACCUGUGGUCUGUCUGUCUGUGUGUGUGUGUCCUCUCAAAACAAGCCGCGCCGUCCAGCGGAGCCUCGCCAUCAUCAGACACGCUCGCCACAAGAAGCCGCAGCAGCGCCAGAAGCAGUACUGCAUGUACUACAACCGCUUUGGCAAGUGUAACCGUGGCAACAGCUGCCCCUUCAUCCAUGACCCAGACAAGGUGGCCGUCUGCACCAGGUAACAGAAACACAAAACAACCGAUUCAUCACAUCUGGAGGUUCAGGCAGACGUCUGGAGCGCCUGAACAUCUGGACGUUUUCUGUCCUUUUUCAUCCCGCUCUGAGUGUCUGUCCAGUCAAAGCAUAAAAACAACCUCAGAGAAGAAACUCUUAUUAUGAAGAUGAGCAGAUUUACACAUUUAUUUAACCCAUGAAGACCUGAACCCCGUCUGAGACUCGCCUCUGAAAUCCUGAGGGCCGUUUUGAGAAGGGCCCCCAGAUCCUGAGGUUUUCUGUAGUGUUGAGGUUUACAAAAACGCUGAUAUCUCGGCCUCUGUAGCAGAUAGAAACAAAAUUCAACAAGUAUUUUAGAGCUUAUACAUGUGGCUUUCAAAAUCACUUUCUUUUAUUUUCUCAAACCCUCAUCACAUUUUUGAAAACCUUGAACAAUUAAGACAGAAUGUUACGAAAAGACGUAUCCGUGCACCCGGCUUGAAGGGUUGAAAUACCUACAUGCACCCGGCUUUCCGAGUAGAAAUGCGCAGCCGUGCUCCCGCCUUGGAAGGUUGAAAUGCGGACAUUCUGUCCUGGUUUAAAUGGGUUAAGGUUCUGAAGCUUUAAAGACAUGAAAUCAGAAGUGUAGCACAAGUAUUUACACAUGCACUAACUUCUUUUGCAGAAACGGUGCAGUUCAUCGUUUUCUGUCCUUGGACGCACAAAAAGACCCCAAAAACAAAGCUGUUUUGUUGCAUACUCAGUUGAAAAUAGUGAAAUGAAGAAUCAAAGUCAAGCAGAGAAAGACCUGCAGAUAUGAAGUCUGUCAGCGACACAGAAGUUCACAUUUGUGCGAUUCCAGGGUCUUUCUGCUGCUCUUCAACAGUCUUUAUACGUUUUAUAGUUCAUGCAACAGGAAGCAGAGGAUCAUGGGGUAACUUUUAUAACCCAACCACAGAGAGCACGCAUAAGGAGCGCUCUGAAUUCAAGGGUGUAGACGCUGCCAGAAUGAAAAUGUCAUCAGGGGACACAGGAUCUUCAAAUGAAUGCAAAGAAAGUUCACAGGAUAUGAGAGAACAUCCAUGUCAGAGUCUUAUCCUGCACAGAGGAGCUCCUACAUCCAUGAAGAAUCCUGACCUACAGAAACCCUUUAAAAAAAAUCUCUUUUUUUCUGCAGGUUUCUCCGAGGAACCUGCAAACAGGCGGACGGGACCUGUCCGUUCUCCCACAAAGUGGCGAAAGAGAAGGUAAGACGAGCUCCGCGAUACAAGGCCUAGAUUUCAAACAACGUCAUGUUUCAGGGGUCUCCAUUACUACGGCCGCCAUCGUCGGGUACAGUGUGUACUUAUGGGAUGACACAGUAUUGGAUAUAGUCAUCUUGGAUCCAGUUUGCAUUCUUGGCACGGUCCAUGUUUCCAUUGCACAGUGAGUGAGGAGGACUUCACCUGGUGGAGGAGGGGCUCAGGGAGGAGGUCAGGGUUUGUGAGAGGAGGUCACCUGUGUGGUACAGGUGUGGUACUCGUCCUUACAGAAGCUCAGAGUUUAGAAACGACAUAUUUGAGCGUCGGUAUCAGAUGAGAGCUGAAGACACUUUUGGCCACAGCUGACUCGGAGUCUCAGUGUUUGUGUGUGUGUGUGUUUAGAGGAGAGAGAGAGUAAAAGCUUAAAAAGGGAAAGCUUCUCUUUUUCCUCCAGCCCUCCAACAGGUGCCCUGCUUUAGCCGUGCACACUCACACACACUCACACACACACACACUCACACAAUGCUCUGCACCUGUGCUGGCUGUCACCCUGCUGCCUGUAAGUGCUGAGAGCCCAGCUGUCUGUUUGCUAUGCCACCUCUCCUUCAGCCCUCCUCCUCUUCUUCACCCUUAAACCUUUGGCCCAUCCCUCAACAGGAUACUCCCGCUCUUAUUUCAUGUGGACCUCCUAAACAGGACCGUAUGGGGGUCCUGGACACGGGGUAGUUUGAUUCGAGGGGGGAUACUCUUGCGUGGUUAUACGUCCGUCAGUCCUCCGAACCUGAUCCGGGGGGCUAGUGUGGAUAAGCGAGCCCGAAUCCCACACCCCGCCUUCUCGUCCCCCCUCUACCGCAAAUACCUCGAAACCAGAAACCCCCCUGCUCUCCUGGCGUUACCCCCAGCACUCCUUGGGAGCAGCAGCCCCCCAGUCUCUUCUCCGCACACAUCCAGAGCACAUAAACACAUCAUGGGAGCCGGACAAGCUGCAGCCUGGAUAAAUAUUUCUGUAGCAGUUAAUUAGGUAGAACUGAUCCCAACCCAACAAGAGGAGCCCCUCUCUCUCUCCCCCUCUCCCACCUCCCCCGUGUUUCUCUGCCGGACCCCCUCUCUCAGAUAUAUUUAGAGUGGCCUCCACCACCACCAGGCUCGCCCACGCACCCCGAACAGUAGAUCUCUCUGCACACACCCACACACACACGCUGUCAAGACUCACAUUCACUUUCACUCCUCCGCUGUCAACUGCAAUUAAGGUCAUUUAGCUGCUCGCCGUGACAGAUUGCUCGGCAGAUGAGACAUGAAGCGAACACAGUGUGGUUUGAAGAACCGCAUGUGUGUUUACAAACUGAAAUAAUCCCGUGUAAUCUGGUUCCUACUUCAACACGGUCUCACUGCACAGAGCUCACAGAGCUCCCUGAAGGCGGAGACAUCGGAAAAACUGUCAAAUUAAAACAAAACAAACAGGUUUGAACCGGUUUGAAAUCUUGGUUGAUUUAAGUUACUUCCUUUUUUUCUCACUAAGGGCGGGAAAAACUCAAGAUAUGACAAGAUAUACAAUAAAACACAUUAAAAUACAGUGAGACAGAUGUGAUAAAAUUGCGUAAUGUGCCUUUAAAUACGAUUUGAUUCAUGAGGAGCAUGAGGAAAUACUUAACACCAUUAUACAACACAAUGACAUAUGAUGAGAUACAAAACAGAGUACAUGAUACACGUUUCACAACAAUUUUUUAUAGUUUCUGCAGAUUUGGAUGAUCUGCUUCACAGUCAGAUCAGAAUAUAUCCAGGUAUUUGCAGGAUUAAUGUUGUUAACACCACAAUAAGAAGUGGUGACAGUGAAGAGGUGAAACAGCUCAGAGGGACGUUCAUUUCAAAGUGAAAUGUAAAUAAUUAGAUGCGAUAGUUGCACCCCGUGAUAGGGCUGCACGAUUAACCGAUUUUGAAUCGUAAUGAAUCAGUUUUGAAUCGGAUGUAAAAGUUCACUGUUAUGCUGAGGAUGUGGUUUUAUACACCGCAUGUUUUUAUCAUCUUUUGAGAGUGCAGUUAAGGACCUACAAGUUGAAUGAGGGCUGCACGAUAAAUCGAUUUUAAAUCGUAAUCUGAUGAUUAAAAAAAAACUAAAAUCCUCAAACUGACGAAGAGUAAACCACUCCCCGCUACAAAGUCUGUCUGAAGGCGGUAUCAACUCGUCCACACGGAAACAAAUUCAGGAGGAAACGCUAAAGUUUUUUGUCGUAUCGGCAUUUCAUCCAUAUGGAAACAGCGUUUCAGGUGACUGUAAACAGUGCUUUUUAAAAACAAGUCAGAGUGAAUAAAUCCGUAAACAACUACCAUUUCAUCUCUGUGUGGAUGUCUAUCUGCAUCUCUGGAAACGAUCAUGUGACACACAGAGUAACUCUUUAUGGCGCCUGAGCGUGUCCGGACAAAACAACCUUUAUACACAUUAAAAACUUUUAAUGGAAGUGAAGUUUGGUGAAGUUGUCACUGAUUAAAAAAUCGAAAAUCGAGUUUUCAGAGAAAAAAAAUCCCUUCCUACCCUACCUUCUCAUGAAAUGUGGAGCGCAAGAAGGACUAAUAUUCCUUGUAAUCCUGCGAUCUGGUUGUUUGUUUCAUUUCAAUAAUCCGACACAUUUUCCCAACUCAAGUUUUAUCGUCUAGUCUGUGUGUCCAACACGAUGAAGAACUGUCUGUGUGUCUUUUUAUUUUCAGAUGCCGGUCUGUUCCUACUUCCUGAAGGGGAUCUGUAACAACAGCGACUGCCCCUACAGUCACGUCUACGUGUCCCGCAACGCCAAAGUGUGCGAAGACUUUGUCAAAGGCUACUGUCCCGAGGGAGCGAAGGUAACACACAAACCAGAACACAAACAUCAUCAGUGAUUUUACAAAAACGAACCCAUCUGCAGCCGCAGUGAAAAAACAAGAACAUUAGAAUUGUCAGUGUUUUGACUCCUGUAACACCUUGUUAGAGCAGUUUGGACUCCUCUUUUGUCACACGGCGUCUUUAUUUAACGCCGAGUUAACACCGGGACCUGAUUGUGGAGCUCUUUGUCGAAGCUGCGCUCCGCUUUUGAACGUAUAAUUACAUUGUAGAGCGUGUAUAAGGUUCCCCUGAAGUUAAACUGAGGCUUAGGUAAACAAGUAGUUUGGUAAGUGAUCCCCCCCCCCUCCCCUUCACAUAGACACAUGUACACAGUGACACACAGGCAGGAACAGCUGCAGGGGGUGGCCGUCCAUAAUGGCAUAACUCUAGUGUCUGAGUGACACAUUGCGGGCCUGAUGGGUAACAGAGAGCCACCUCCACAUGGCUCCAGACACCCGAGUCUCCCUCUCACACACACUCGCUGUCCCCACAUCUACAUCAAACACCCCCUCCUCCCUUGUCCUCCCCUCCUCCUGUGUGUUUCCCUCCCUUUGUCUCCCCCUCUCCUCCUUCCUCUGUCUGCUUGUCUCUGAGCGUCGGCUGUGAAACAGAUGCUUUUUCACACUGUCAGACCUCAUUUAAAUAGUGCAUGGGGAAAUGAGGAUAUAGAAAACAAAAGGGAUAUUAAUAUUUAUUCUAUUAGCUGAAGUGCUUAGGUCUGUGAUUUUCCCCUUGUGUGUGUGUGUGUGUGAGUGUUUGUGUGUGUGUGCGUGUGUGUGUUUAUGGAGCGCUGUGCAGUAAGGCUCUGGUGGCUCUAUGAUGGAUAGCAGGCAGUAAUUAUAGAUGGGAAAACUGCUGAGGAUGGCACUAUGGGCCAGGCAGGCAGACACUCCAGCAGCUCAGGGGUUAAGUCUGCUCCUCGCCUCCAUCCUCCUCAUCCUCCUCCUCCUCCUCCUCUUCUUCUUCCUCGCAGACUUGCCACCAUCCUGCCUCAUCCCGGCUUUGUCUCGCACUUUUCCUCCGUCCCUGUAAAUCUGCUUUACGCCUUUCUAAUCAGUCCGUCAGUUUUUAGAAGUUUUUGAUUGUUUUCCUCGUUUUCAACAUCUCACACUUCCUGUUUUACCUCUCUGUCUUGAAAUACGACUUUUUAAAAACAGAUUCAACUUCAAAGUCCUGUCAGGUUACUUGAGACCCGUUUCCUAAUGGUUGGAUGUCUGUCCAUCAGAAACUGACCGUCAUAACUAGUAGACUAAUUUCUUUGUGUUUCAUAUAUUUGAAUAAUCCAGAUGAUGUUUUCUAGUAGAGCUGCUUUUAAGUGAUCAGUCGGCAGAAAUUUUUUUUCCUGUAAGCCUCAAAAACACAAGAAAGAAACUCUGAAGACGGUCAAAACUGAGCAGGAUAGAUUCAACACGGCUGAACUCAGAGGAGCGUGAGGGUGAUCAAACUGUUGCUAACAUUAGCAGAGCGAACACCCCCAGCCUUCGGUCCUCCCUCCACAGGAUUGAGUGUACACGACGCAGCCUCCAUCCAACUUCAUCGACUUUCUUAAUGAAAAUACAGCUAAACUACAGGAGAUGUUCUCCACCUCUUUAUGCUCGUUUACAUCCGGGUAGUAGAGCUAGGGUGACCAAACGUCCUCUUUUACCCGGACAUGUCCUCUUUUUGGGGGCUGUCCAGCCUUGUCCAGGAGAGUUUUUAAAACCCUUCAAAGUCCGGGGUUUUGUACGGAAGUUUUGAGUUUGUGUCACAUGGAUUAACUGAGUUAGAAGCGUGUAAAAGACACUCGAUCCAACCCGAAAAACUCUUAAAAUUAAUUACGCAUGACCCUGUGACUCCACCCCUGCAUAGUCAUGUCCUGAAUAUGCUCACCCUCGUAGAGCGUUAUGUUAGUCACCAUUAACUUGAGAAUUUCAGGCUCACAAUAACAAAAGUAUAUGCAGCUCUUCUAAUCCACUAGUACGUCUGAUUAUAAUUCGACUAAUCACGCAGUAAUCACUAAAGCCCGACUGGAGUUUCGCUGCAGAUGAAGGUUUCUGCAGGACGUUGGUUUACUCGCUGCUUUCAGGUCAGUUUGUUUUUAGCGGAGCAGCUUUUUUCUAUCAUUUAAACAUCUUGGAGAUGUUACACAACCUGAGCAUGCACGAGUUUCUUUCUUGACUGAUGAUUUCAUUCACGGACUCGUUGGUGUCUUUGGUGACAGUUUUUGGAUGUCAAACUGAUAACGUCAAAUCUAGUGUGGAUGUAAACUUUCAUUUCCUCAGUAUAUUCGGGUCUCCAUGUUAAUAACCUGAGCUUCUUAAUUAUUCGGGUCUCCAUGUUAAUAACCUGAGCUUCUUAAUUAUUCGUGUCUCCAUGUUAAUAACCUGAGCUUCUUCUUAAUUAUUCUGCUCUACUUACUGUAAGUUACUUCAGACAGGAGAGUCGGCUCCAUGCCCAGCAUGUGUAAAUGCAUGUGAUAUCCCUAUUUUACUGUCUUUUCCAUCCACCAGCCUCCCUCUCCCUCUCUCUCUCUCUCACUCUCUCUCUCUCUCGCCCUCUUUCUUGCUUCUUUUGCUCAUUCUCUCAGUCUCUUGGUAAAUGUGCUGACUCCUCCUGGUUUUGGCCCAGCAGAGAGCUCUCUAAUAGGCCCCAGAGACAUCCCAGCAUUCCUUAAAUCAAGUGGAAAAUUGUUAACUUGGUGUGGGAUAAAGAUGUUCUGUCCACUUUAGCUUUUUUCUCUCUCUCUACCCUCCUCCCUCUCUCUCUCUCUUUUUCUCUCUCCGUCUGUCUUUUUAUGAAAAUGAGGAUGUAUGAUGGAGCUGUUGGAAGUGGACUGAGCUUUUACAGUCAAUUUCUCCCACACUUUCUGUUCCUCACACUGAAACUGCUUCAGCUCUUUUUGAGCUCUUGUAAUAAAAUCAGGGCUGCCCUGUGGUGCAGACCUCUGAGAGAGAGAAAGAGAGAGAGGACAGACUCUGAUACGGCAGAGCUCUGCACUGAAGGGUUUAGGUUUAAUGUGUUUGGGAGUUUUCUUUAGAGACAGUACUGAUGUUUUUUUAUGCUCAACACUACACUUACACUGUUACGGCCUCUUGAUAUAAUUAAUUUGAACCACAAAGGAAAAAAUAAGACUCUUAAAAGAGACCGGUAACAAACACAAGAGGACAGACCGAGACUCUCAGUGUCAAACAAAAAUAUAAACUUUAUUUAAAUGAGCAGUAAUUGAGGAUUCAGAAAUAAAGCAAUGACACAAAGGCUUUGGAUAAACUUUAUGAAGACUAACUUUUAUUUGUUUACUUAUUACACUUGUUGUUGUUGUUCAAACAAAAGGGUAACUUAAAGAUUUAGACAGCUUUAUUAUUUCAUAUACAGGUAUUUACAGCCCAAACCCAGAAACGUUGAUACCUUAAAUGCUGGUAAAAAUCAAAAUUUGAUGGUUAGAGAUCAUUUAAACCCGAAAUAGUGCAAAAAAAAGCAGCUCAUCAAAUGUUAAAACUUAAAUUUGAUGAUUUCCAGUGCCAGCAAAAAGCCAGGACUGGGACAAAAAAGCGUAAAAAAAAAAGCUGGGACAGUACGGAGCCCCUGAAGGGAUAUGGAUGAGAAAAAAAAAGUCUUUUUGCGAGAUUUUUAUGAGAUCUCUUAAAUGUUGUCUCAAGAUUUAUUGUUCACUGUAUUACAUACUUCGGGGUCAAUUCAACAGAAGUAAUGUAACAUACGUAGCCGUGGGAGAGGUUCAUUGAAUCUUAUUUUGAACAAAUUUUCUGCCCACCUCUGCCUGCAGAACUGAUUUAAUAUUUUUUUAUCUGAGGCCAAUCUCAAAAAAGAUGCAAUGAACCAUCGUUUGGUUGACUCGACAAAGAAUAAAUACACUUAUCUAUAAUCGUUUUACAAAAGUACGUUGACAACUUUGCAAAAAAAAAAAAAAAACUUUUUAAUUUCUUUUUCCUUCAUGUCCCCUUUGGGGCUCCAUAGGACAGGGACAGAAAAACGUGAAAAAAAGCUGUGUAGUGCUUAAAAAUACAUCUUCUAACUCAUUACAUAAAUUUGGAAAGAGUUAGUAACAUGACUAAGUAUAAAAGGGGAUCCAAGAGAGACUGAGCCCCUUAGAGGUAAAGAUGGGAGGAGCUUCGCCACUCUGGGACAAACUGUGAGAAAGUCAUACAGUGAUUUCAGGAUAGUGUGAAACUGCAAAGAUCUGGAGGAUUUGAUCAUCUACAGUUUAUAAUUUCACUGAGAGAUUCAGAGAACUUCGAGUAACUGCUGUACAAAAGAAACAAGACAAAUACACAGUGUUAGCCGUAAUUAACAGACAUGACUCUGUAGUGGAAGUCACCGCAUGGACUCAAAAUCACUUCUAACAAUAUUUUUCUUCGUUUUAAUAUUUGGUCUGUUAUAUUUACACUCUUUGAAAUGAAAUAAAAUGUAAAAAUUACAGGCUAACAUAAUAUCCUUUAGCAUAAUAAUAAAAAUAAAAGAGACAUUGAAGUGUAUCUGUGCGGCCAAUCACAGCCUGACAUGUUCAAUACUGAUGUCAGACACCAAAUAUAACCCGGCACCACCGACACCAGCAGCAGGCCCGGUUUCUGGAGUGAAAUGUGGUGUCAAAACCGCAGCCCUAUAAGAUGAUCCAGAGAAACAUUUGACAGCGAGCUGACCCUGGGCACCCAGGGGUGCAAGAACAUGGGUGUGAGGGCAGUGAGAGGGGCUCUGAUGGCAACCAGUCAGGGCCGCGGGGCUCCAGAGAGAGUCGACCAUAGCGUCCUGGAAAAUCGAUCCGCAGAUCCUCCCCCCCAAACAUACACACACACAUACACACACACACGGAUACACACUCUAUUUCUGGACCAAUCUGCUCCCCGGUCCCACACUCCUCACCCCUCCACACUCACACACACUCACACACACAGAGACACACGCACACUCCUCUCAGCCUGCACCCCAGAGUGAAUAUAAUUAGCUUUUCUGACAGGUGGGAGGGAUCGGAUCUCGUGGAGAAUGAAGCCACCAAUUUACACCCGUAUUACACUGUCAUAGACACUCAGCUGCAAACAUGCAUGUGAAAGCUCGACUCUCUGCUGCACAAUGCUCUCCAGAGUGACGCUUACUGUGACCCACUUGCACGCUAACGGAGAGGAUGACAGAAAAAGUGGAAACUUAUAACAGAUUUGAUUCAAAUCUGCAUGUCAGACACUUGAUGAGGAUAUAUUCAUCAUUAUCUCGCUUCAAAUGCUCUCACUGAAGUCCUGAGACCUGCUCGUAACAGUAACUUCACACAGUUUGAUAAACAAGAACAACAAGUCGAUUUUCCCAAAGUUUUGAACCCGUUUAGAAGCCUGUGUCCUGUGUCCUUGCCAUCCUGAAAACAAGUGUUGGUGUGUUUACUCUGGAAGAGGCUUUGAUCACGAGGACACGCCGUUUAGUCCCGUCACUCACACCUGGUCCUGGUUUAGCUGCUGUUCACUUGAGCCUUUGUUGGAUCACAAAGGAUCACAAAUGUCCUCCAUGAGACCGGACAGGAGUCGACAUCUUCAUGAACUUCAUUCAGCUGCACAGAAAUAUUAUGUUUGCAAAAACACAAAGGCUUGUUCAGGUUGGUGCUAUUUAGAGUUUCAAAAUUAAAGUAGUUUGUAGAGUUGCAGCUUUUAAAAAUCCGUAAAUCUGCUUCCUUUUAAAAAUGCACCAAGUUUCCUUUUUUUUAUGUUUUCAGAUUUUUCCUUAAAGUCAAACAUCUUUGCAUCUUUAAUUGUUUAAAACUUUUAAAACUGUGUUUUUAUAUAAUGAAACCAAAUCCACUAAUUCCCCCAUGGAUAUGAAAAACACCAUGAAAAACACCAAAGCUAUUGACGUGUAAUUUUACAAUAAAAUGUAGCAAAGUCACAUGACACAAUCUAGGGUGAGGCGUUGGUACUUAAUUUUCAACAUCAUUUUAAGUCACAUUACCUGAAGUAACAAUGUAGAGUAAUGUGAAUAAAAAGGACAUACUUAACAUGAUAUUCAGCAACAUACCAACAUGUGAUGAAAUGUAGCUCAACAAAAUGUAGCACAACAUAGUGUAGUGCAACAUAAUGUGGGGCAACGUAACUGAGCGCAACGUAAUGUAGCGCAAUGUAAUGUAGCUCAACAUAGUGCAGCACGAUAUUAUGUAGCGCAACGUAAUAUAGAGUAAUGCAAUGUAGCACAAUAUUAUGUAGCACAACAUAAUGUAUCACAACAUAAUGUAGCAUGAUAUUAUGUAGCGCAGUGCAAUGUAGCACAACAUACUGUAGCACAAUGCAAUGUAGUGCUAGUAACUUAGCACAACAUAAUGUAGCGCAGUGUUAUGUAGGCGCAUCAUGCUAAGUAGCAUCAUGCUAAGUUAUGCUAAGUUCAGUGAAGUCACUUAAAGUAAAAUCUUCUAAACUUACGCUUACUUGUUAUGAAUAUAUUGAAUGAAUACCAAAAAGAAUAUUGUGAUUUCCUGCUCUGUUUCUAAUAUGGACCAUAAAUCAUGUGAGUAUUAGUUUUUUUUAUGGUUCAUAAAAAAAGAAAACAUCUGUUUCUUUUUAGGAUUGAAAAAUUUAUGAAAAAGAAAUAUACUUUAAUAAGGUUCAUUAGUAUUUCAGAGGUUUAUUCUUGUAUAUAAAUCAAAAUAAUGGAGGAUUUCCCUCUUCAACUGAAGAAAUACCAGCACUUGUAGUCUAACCAACUAUUUACUCAUUUGCAUGACUAUUAAUGGAGACAUGGAGGUCUUUCCCUGCUUCGGUCUUCAUAUUACAGAAGCUCAGUUUGCACAUAAUCUGAGUUGUUUUCUCCUGCUGUGAGUGGAGUGUCCAUAAAAAAUACAACAUUUGGACGGCUGCUCUGGGAGUUAGAUGACUACUACACCUCAGAAAUCUGACCUCCUUCCCGUCUCAGAGCGCUCACACUUCAGGGGCGGGGCUGAGUGUGAAAAUGGGCCGCAGCCUAAAUGUCUGUAAACUACAUGUUGAUAUUAAUCCUGUGAGUUUGUGUUUAUUUUCUUUAUUUUUUCACCUCCAGUGUAAGAAGAAACACACGCUGGUGUGUCCAGACUUCUCCAAGACAGGAACCUGUCCUCGAGGCGCUUCCUGUAAACUUCAGCACCGCCAACGGGUCAAACGUAGUCCCAGCACCUCCUCCGCCAACCCAACCAGGAGAGGCCGAGCCAGGGAGCCCUCCAAGAGGUCAGGGAACCAGAUUAGAGUUUAGAAACCCCUGAACUGAUUAAAAAUCCUUUCUGAUGAUUUCUGUUCCUGCUCUGUUCAGGCCUCGUCUGUCAGUCCUCAUUCCUCAGAGCUCUCAGACCGGACCAGGGAGACCGUCAGCGGGCUCUCUGGAGCUGCCCUCCUUCAUCUCGCUCUCCAGCUCCCCGGAGGAGGCGGACGCACCUGAUACACCUGAUACACCUGACACGCUAACAGCUGAGAGCGCACAGGUUAAAGGUACGAAAAUGAAGAGUGUGACUAAUCUUUAUGAGGACUUGACUGAUGUGGAGAAGUGCUGACUGUCUGAGGGCGUAUCGUCUGUCCUGAGAGUCUGAGGAUCCUCCUGAGUCCAUGAGAAAGGGAGGGUGGGGGGGUGGAUCUGGUCUGAGCUGCAGACAGAUAAUGAUGAUCAGACGGGGGGGCGUACAGUUAUCCUGAUGGGGCUCAGGGGACGAGGAGGAGGAGGAGUAAUAAUGCUCCUCCUCAGAGGACGGAGGUAAUAAUAUUUAGGUUUUGGGCACAUGGAUGGAGGCACAGCUGAGCUCUCUGUUGACAGACUUGACUGAUGGAGGAUUAGGAGAAAGGAUGACCCCCCCUCCAAACCCCCUCCUCAUCUUCUUCCUUCCCCCGUCGAACAUCCACCUGCCACACUCACACACACACACACACACACACACACACACACACGCGUGCAACAUUUGACCACGUUCAACAUGUCUAAGCUCAGGGUGAAAAUGUCUCUUUAAGGUCCUCCGAGGUUCUCCUGACUUUAUGAGAAAUGAGAAAAGUCUCAUUCUGGUUUGAGGCCUCAGGACAGUCCUGACGACUCUUUUCCGUGUAAAUAAGCUUUUAUUCUGUCUGAGGUGAUUUUUAUUGACGGACAAGAUGAAAAUGUCCCAGGAGACCUCAGCUGCCGAUAGGGGACAGAUUUGUCACAGCUGUGAAGGAAAAGCCGGACACAGAUCAUCAAACUCACCUUCACUGCAGAUUUUUAGAGGAUCAGUGGUCAGUUAUCGCUCUGAGGUUUUUCUGUCAAUGAUAUCAACGACAUUUUCCUGUUUUUUUAACGUUCACGUCCGUCUCUGUUUGUCCUUUGAAUCGAGUUUUUCAGUGGAGCUUUUCUCUUAGCCUGAUGAGAUUAAAAAAACACUUUUCAGGAUGUUCUUGGCUCCUCUGAGGCUCUUCUUCAGUUGGACAUGCUCAGAAAACCAAAGAGGUGUUUGUUUGAUCCACAUUUGAUCCAGAAUGAAUCUGAAUGAAUUAAAACACCUAAAUGAAAACUAUAUAAAGACAAACAGCACCCAAAGUUUUUUUUCUUCCCUAAACAUGUUCAGACUCAGAGCUCUGUUUCUGCGUCGGGUCUGUUGUUCUCCUGUUAGAUGGUAAAAAAUCUCUAAAGCGAAGUACACACAUGAGGAUUUUUUUUAAUCUGAAGAGAUUUUAUAUCUGUUACAGACCCACACAUGAAGAUAAAAAAAUCAGGCAUUGAACAGUUUUGAUCGUCCUCUGUGUGGUCCGAUAAUCUCCACACAGCACAACACUUACAAAACGAUCCUGUUCCACCACCGAUCUAGAAUCUAGUCCUCCAAGACAGAAAUCUUGCGCGAUAAAAUGAGAUCUAACAAAAAUGAAAAAGAAACAUAGCAACAACUGGGAAACACAAGACGCAGCAUGGAGGAGGACACACAAGAGGAGGGAAUGAUGGUGGUUUUCAGAGUAUUUUUGACAGAAAAAUCCCGUACUGAAUCCCGUUCUCCCGUAGGCCGUGCUUUAUUUUUAUUUGCUUUAUUUGGUUCCUUGUUCCUCAGUCAGCUCGCUUCUUGAUUGGCUAAUUCUGUUUCACGUGACAGUUCACGGAGUCGUGACUCGGGGGUCGUCGGCUUUCCUCACACACGUGAAGAUUUUUGGUCGUAAAUAUUGAACAAGUUUAAUAUUUACGAUUGUCGGCCUGACCCGUUUCAGACCCAAUUAUCGGCACAAAUUCACUCUUAAUACCUCAGACCACAGGAUAGUCUUACAGGAUCAUCUUACAGGAUAAUCUUAGAAGACGUAAGAUAAUCGUCCGAUUGUGAUCUUUGGUCAGGAGGGGGAAAAUCGGGACCAAAACAGCCCGAUUAUCUUUAUGUGUGUACUCCGCUUUAGUUAUAAAAUAUCAGGAAUAAAAAUCUGACCGAUGAGUGAGCGCCGGAUCUGCUCACUCUCUCUCUCUCUCUCUCUCUCUCUCUCUCUCUCUCUCUCUCUCUCUCUCUCUCUCUCUCUCUCUCUCUCUCUCUCUCUCUCUCUCUCUCUCUCUUUCAUGGUUUAAAUUUAGUCUCCACUGCUUGGAAACAAGUAUGACCUUUGACCUGACCUCAGUCAUCUCGACCUCCGCCCCUCUCCCCCCUCAGACAGGACACAGUUGAAAGUACACACAGUCCGAGUGUCUCAUAUUAUUGUUGCUGUAGAUGUUGUCACGUGUCCUUGGUCAGAGUUAUUUCUGUUUCGAUUGAAUUAUUAAUUAUUAGUAGUUUUUUUUCUUUUCAUGAUAAAACCCGAUAAUGAUCAAAUCCACAAACUUCCACAAUGAAAAAAAACAAAAAAAAAACAGGGGUAUGUUACUCAGUUUGUCUCAUCUCUGUGUCCGCCAAAGUUCUGGAGGAAUUUCAUGGUCGCAUGAAGUGUUGUUGUUGUGUUGAUUCUGGCGCCCCUUGUGGACAUAAAGUGAUACCUCAUGUAGAUUUAAAAGUUGCGUUUACAGACAAAAACCUCAUCCUGUUGUCUUUAAACGGUGACACGUAUCACUCAGUGUGAAUAAAUGAAGUAUGCGACCAUCAUGUAGUCGGUCUGGUUUGGUCUCAGUUUCAGUUUCCGUCUGUUUCUCUCAGUCAUUUCAAACUUUGUCAAACUUUAUUUAAACUGACAAAUUACAGAGUAUUUAGAGAAAUGAAUCCCAGUCUAAAGUUUGUCUGAUAUUGACAGAGAGAUAAUCAUAAACGUCUGUUUAUGUCUGAUCAUUUUCUCCUCUCUCUCUCUCUCUCUCUCUCUCUCUGUCCGGCUGCUUCUUUCUGUUCUUUAAGUAUUACUAAUGACACGCCGGCAACACACCGCACCGCCCAGAGCCUCAUUAAAGGUGGAAGGAAGCCAAAAAAGCUCCUCUUCACUUUGCAUAAAUUAGCUCAGACACAAUGAAUCACUGCCAGAUUAACACACACACACACACACACACACACACACUCAUCCAUCCCCGCUGCCUCCCUCUCUUCCUCAGCGAAGAUGUCAUCACUCAGCAUUUCAGCUCGCCUCUUUUCGUCACAUCAUGUCUCCCGAUGUUCAUCCGUUCUUAUUAAUUUCUUCUUUUUUUCCUCCACAGAGAAAAAACUUCAGAUCAAGCCUCGGCUGUGAAACACUCGUGGGUCUCCACCUUCUGAACCUCGUCACUCAGGGCCUCAAAGUUUCAUCAACACGAACUUUCAAUUUAUUUAAAUUUAUAUCAGCUGCCGUUUUUUUAAGAUUUCAAAACAAAUAAAACAUCAGCUCUCAUACUGUGUUGUGUUUCUCGCUCUGAAAUGUGAGGUCACUGCUGUGAGAGUGUUUAUAGA